GUCUGCGCCACAUGCUCAACCACGUGGCCUUUGUUCAAAAGCGCAAUUAGAACAUAAACAGGCGCGAUGGUACCGUAAUAAGCUGCAUCAAUCUAUCAUACAUAAGCACUACCACCACCAGCAAAAUGGCCCUGAAGUGGAAGAUGGUCCUCUUGUCCCGUUUUUGUUCCGUCUUUGCUGCUUUGCUUGCACCUGUCUUGUAUUGCAGCUGUGGUCUGGUAGAGGGUUCCUCGUCCUACUACGAGGCUCUAGAAGUCGACCCGAAGGCGGAUGCCGCAGGUAUCAAAAAAGCGUACCGCAAACUGGCCAUGCGAUGGCACCCGGACAAGAACCCGGACGAUUCAGAGGCAGAGAGGAAGUUCCAGAGCAUAGCAGAGGCGUAUGAAGUCUUAUCAGAUCCAGAGAAGCGUCGACUCUAUGACGAUAAUGAAGAUGCGGGGCGUCCUCAUCCGGGCGCCCGCUCUGGACCGUUUGGUAGCGCGUCUGGACCGUUUGGGGGGCCGUUCGGUGGGACGUCCUUUUUCCAAUUAGGGGCACUGGUCUAGAGGCGUUUUUUGUUGCCGUUUGCUAUGUCUGCUCUCCGAAGGGAGACAAAGUAGAGUAUGAUAAGAAAAACGAGAAAAAAUAGUGGAGAAGUCGUAGGCCCAACCCGAGUCGACUAGAAUAAUCGUCAUCAGUAGAAACACCAAAGCCCUGGCGCUUCUAAUUCAUGACUUUUUUCACGACGGAGCCGCAAGCAUGCCAGGCAAACGCGUGAGGCACAUGGGCGAAGUCGAUCAGCUUCUGCAAGAAAGAAGAUCUUGGCUGGGCACCAGAGAUCAAAAAAGAGCGUCCUCUUACGGGUUCCCACUUUACAUCCCUAACCAGCAGCAUCCACCCUGAUUCUCCACCCUGUCUCUUCUAUUUCCAAUAAUUUCAGAUAAGUCACCAGGGAAGAUGUUCACCUUCAUCAGGGAGGGCGUUCAUCUUCAUCUGAAGGGCAAUGUAUUAAUGUUAAGUGCGGCGCAACGAGAGCGACCUCAUCUAAAUAAAGUCUGCAAGUGGGGCGGGAGCGCCGAUUCUUCUCUUUCACGUCUAUGGCGCGUUCCGGUCUCUACGCGGCUCCUGGAUGGAUGCGGUAUUGUCUCACUCAAACCUGGUAGAUUUGUGCCACGUAGAUAUCUUCCGGUCACAGGGUGAGGUAACCCAAACCUUCCUGCAAGUGCGCACGUAUCCCACGCUUGUCUUCGUGUACCGCGGAAAAAGAAUACCCUUCCAGGAAAAUGGGGCACCAUCGCCGCGAGGGACGAUGCCACCAGAGCAUCGACUGUUCCGCUUCGCCGCCAAUAGCGUUCUGAAUUUGCGAGGUGUGAUACCUAUAGUGGUGCGCAGCGUGAGAGGUCUGCGAGAGUUUCAGAGAUUACAGCCUUAAGGCUUGUUGAAGCAUGGAUUUCAUGUUUAAAUAAAGCCUUCUCUUCAACUUGAGAAGCGGCUAAAAAGUGAAGUGCUUCAAUCUUUAACAUCCUGGUGGUUCCUCACAACUACGAAUUCUCUUCGUACUGCCGCAACAACUCAGCGUCUCGCUGUUUCAACUCGUUUUAUGGUCAUACAUAGAAUCUAUUAGCUUUAGCUAUACUCCACGAGUGAGUAGCUACACUCCUACUAUACUACUUCUACUACUAUUAUCUGACCCCUGGCACUGAGAUAAAAAUAUCUAUUCUUGGAUGUGUAUUGGUAUCGGGAGAGGUCGCAUAGAAGACCUGCACUAAGAGCAGCUCAAUCCCUUAACAUUGAUGUUGAUGGUGCUUCAAAAAUUCAUUCACUUGGCCUUCUUCGGUUCAAAAGAUCAAAGUGCUUCAAAAGUCAAAGUGUUUCACUUGGUCUUCUUCGGUUCAAAAUCACUAUCAUUUUAUCACGCUUGAGAAGCUGUAAAGAUCUUGGCCCUCGUCGGUUCAAGUCAUCACUUUUGAUUGCAUUAUUUUCUCUGGCACUCACUCAUCUUGCACUUCUGACCUCGUAAUCUUAUAUGAAAAACAGGCACACCACUAGGGCCUGAGACUCUGAAACAAAUUAGACGGCCAGAGUAGCUUAUUACUUAUGUGGCCUGGCAGAGAGGCACUCGGUGAAAGUUUGAAACUCUAGUAGUGUCUAAGAGUUGCUCAGCAGCUCGCUUCCCAAGAGGGUGCUCGACAACAAGGCGACGCGAAGGCCGCGAAGUCGGUGCUAGUUGGCGCCGUUUUUCCACCUGACGAGCGUGGUGGUAUAGUUGAGGCAGGAACUAAGUGGCUGACUAAAGUGCGCAACCUACUUGCGAGGUAUAUUAACCCGCUUCAUUUGACUUGUAGUGUUUCUUUUUCUGUAUGCUAGGACUACACCGAUGAACGCGAACAAGCACAAUCAAGGACGCCAGCGCGCGGAGGAGGCCUGGCAGGCCAAGCCAGUGGUGGGCUGUGCUCCUGGGGUUCUUGGUUUGGGAGAUUGUCGCUGCGUCUUUUGUAGGGAAUACCGAAAGGCCGGCGCUGAGUGCCAAGCUGUUUGGCCGGACUCAGGCAGUCGCUUCUGGGGCCCUGACUCGAGAAAUCUGCAGAAAAAUCCAGCGCCCCAACGACGGGGGCCGACCGUAGCGGGUGUGGGUAGUGGGUGGCUCCAAGAGGUCCCGCGGCCUUAUCCUACCCCGCCGGGGUAAGGGUCGGCUCCAUGGGUAAGCAUCCAGGUGCAGCAGUUGGGUCCGUAUGUUUGCGACUUCGGUGGGUCUUUGGCCGAUCGUUUGCGUUUUAGUUAUCAGGCCGCAGCCCUCGACGGUGGGCGAGUAUAGUAACCUACACAGCGCCGCGCUUCUUGUUGUUGGCAGGGUGGGGUCUGCCGCGCGAACGCCUGCGCAACUGCUGGGAAGACAUGCACCCCACGACCCGGAUGGUGGGUGAGGUCCCACCUACCGAAGCGCUGAAGUCUGGACGAGGCAGCUCGUGGGGCUUCGUCAAGAUAGAAGACAGCCCACAGUGUGGCGCUCCAUUGUAUGACAGGACGCCGCGGCCACGAAAGCAAUUUGGUCGGCGAGCAAAAAACUGCGCGGAUCGAUGCCGAGGGGGUGCCAGGCUUCCAAAUGUGUGCGAGUUUUACCGCGUUCGGGGUCUCACCGCUGACCAGAGGCUGCUCGCAAGCUGGGCCCCUCGGCCGCCCCGCUGAUAUGCUUGGGCCCAUGACAACGGGCGCGAAAGGGCAGCGGAUAAAGAACUCAGGAAAACAGUGAAGGGGGCCAGCAUUCCCGCGGCUGUCGGGCGGUGUGUGGUUGUCUCGAUCUUCACGGGCUUGGCGCUAUUUGUGUGGAUGCGUAUGCAUGUGGUUCAGUGGCCACCGACCGGCAGAAGCAAAAGCCGCCGCCCACUCAGGUGGCAGGGGUUGCGGUUGUGCGGAGUUGUGUCGCCAAAGAGGUGCCCACGUUGUCACAGUGUUGAAAGGAUGGCCGUCACCGGGCGCCCCAUUGGUUUGCGGCAUUUUCGCGGAGGGUCGCUCUGUCGGGCUGGGUGCCGUCUUAGUUUCGGCCUGGCGCUCGUGGCUUCUGUCGUCUCUUGGUAUGUUCCCCGCCUUCUUUUGUGUCUCGGUCCUUCCUCGUCUUCUGGUUCAUUCUCGUCCUCGUUGUUCUGUCUCUCCGAUGUCGGUAGUUUGUGGCUUCUUUCUCUUAUAAAUAUGCCUCGUUGUUCAGCUCGUCGGCUCUUGCCUUCCUCUAUUUCUUCCAACUCUUGUAUCUUUCCCGUCUUCCUCUCUCAUUUCCUCCUUGCCUUCCCUCGUCGUCGUCGUGUCGUUGUUUCUCUGGCCGUGUCCCUUAUGCCGGAUUCUACUAGGGAGCAAGCGCGCGCUCGCGUGUGGUAGUCUACUUGCCUGGUAUAUUAGAAAGCGAGCGUUGCGCUCGCUUUGGUGUUUUCCCGUCGUGGGUGUGGACUGCGUCGGCUGUGCGUAGGUCUUCCGGUGCUUUGUUUGUUUGUGUCGUCGUUUUGUUGUUGAGUUUGUUCGCCGUGUCCUCUGGCCGGUGUCUUUCCCUCAAUUGAGGUCGGGCUCGGGUGGGCGAUCUGGUUGCUUGAGAGUAUUGCGAGCAGAUCAUCCGAACAGAAUGAGCGGAGUGGUGGCUCCGUCUGUAGCGCAGCCAAUGAGUAUACUUCUGCUCUCUACCUCCGAUCAGCUCUACCCUUUUUCCCGCCCUAUCCUCUUGUAUAACAGUGACAGAGUAUAUAAUAAAGUCCUUAGGCUAGGCAAUAAGUGUUGAGCUCGCAUUCUUGGUAGAUGGUAGAAGGGCUUUUUAAUAGAAAGCCGAGCGGCGAUCUACUCCGUCUACAAAUUUCGUCGGACUUAUUAUUCAGGGAAAAAGAAUCGCAUGGAGAAGCUAAGCAGACUCAAUAAAGUGGCAUUAUUCGAAAAGACAUAGUAGAGGGCAACAACUCCGUCUCUAAGUAUGCUGUCGGAUUCGCGCCGAUUCUCCAAGCCAUCGGAGCCAAAGUCGUGGAAACAACUCUUAUGAGAAUGCGCGGACUGUUUAUACUUUCAUCUUCUCGAAAUUCAGACGCAAGGGCAAGUACGUACUCAAGAAAUGCAACAAGGUCAUCAAAAAAGUUCACGAAAUAUUAACUCAAAUUAUAUUACGAGGAGAAGAAGUUCAUUAUACAAGUGCAAGUAGUCUCGUUAGAAGUUGUUAAAGAUAGGCACUGCUAACCUGCCAAACCAGAGACGCUCCUCCCUCUCCUACUGAACGUAGGUCAACAAGAGACUAUCGCUCACCCUUCGCGUCAUCAUCUUAGAAACUUUUCCUGUCCCUUUUUCUUGUGAUCUCUCGCCUACUGUAAUUAGGUUAGUUUUAAUAUUACAGAACUUCCUUGCUUACAAUUCAAAUUCAGUGUAUCGUCGAAACUAUUCUCCCUCUUUCGGUAUGAUUUUGGCUAUUAAUUCAUACAUCAUUAUCAACUUUCUUAAGUAGAAAAGUCGUGCGAUAAAAAUCUCUGUCUUUUUGCAGUAUCUUUAUCGUUCUAAUUUCCUCUUUCUGAUGGAUAGAGCGGGCCUUGGAGGCGGAGGCGGUCCUUGGAGGCGGCUGGUGGAGACAACUUUUCUGCCCGAACUCUCUGAAAAAGCCUACUCCAAGCUUCUUUCUGUUGUUCAUUUAUGCGGGAUGAAUGUUGUUUGUUAUAAUUCACUUUAAUAACAGCUAUGACGCCCUUAUGGCAGUCUGCGCGGAACUUUGUGCGAGCUUUAUUGUAUUGCACUGCUCUUACUAUGACUAUUUGUAAGUUAUGUGAUGACAGUCUGCCUGUUACUAUCUUCUCGUAUAGAUGUCAUUCCACGACCAAACCUAGAGAGACACGAUCUCCACGAGCUAUGGAUGGUAUUCCACGACUCACGAGCUGUUGACAUCGAUAACCUAACCUGACCGUCGCAGGAAAUGUUUCGCGGCCUUGCUGGUGAUUCAGUGCAAUUACUUGAGACGCAGUGAUGAAUGAAAGUCCAAGAGAAUGACAUCACAAGACUUGCAUUCAUUAAAGAGUUUGCUUAUCAACAUCCUACAUCUUGGCAUCUUAGCUUACAACUAUACUUAUUCACAUCAUGGUAGUCUUCCAGUCGUGGAAGUGUGCGAGUGCAGCAUUCAUAUCAACGUCUUUCUAGACCACCAUUCUUCAUAUCAAACGAGUACGAAAGGAGAGAGGAGUUCUGGUAUGAAAGGAAGCAGACACGGCAUCAAAGACCAAAGAGACGAACCUAGGAAAAAAUACGCUAACGAUCGCGGGAGCGAUGCCGCUGGACACCAUAGUAGAAGAAAUAUUAUGUCGUGGUGGAAAUCGACGUGGAGAAAUAGUCAUUGCGUUGAGGUGCGCUGACAGAAAUAUUUGAAAACUAAAAUAAGCGCGUAACAAGUAUAUAAAUAUAUACUACUUAUGAUAUGCGAGUCUCUGUUGAGAUGGUUCCGUAGAUUACAGCAUCUCGCUCAUUUCGAUGCCCUUUUUUCGAUUAGAAAAAAUAUUCAAAUGAGAUUAUGUUGGAGCUGCCGUCGGCGACAACAGCGAUUAGGCUUACAAUUUCUCGCAUGGUCAAGCAUUGUAGUUAGUACUAAUCGUGGGGAUAUCACUCACUCAGAACUACGAAGGAAAGCUUCUAGGCAAAGAGAAGAGCAAGGCUGAAGAGGUUGAGGGCAAUGCUAAGGCUAGUAAUAUAGAGCACGCCUAAAAAGAACCCAAAGACCCUCAACGGAAGCCUUUUUCUCUAAUGCGCUUCCGCGGUCUGCAUUGGGUCAGCAUGCUAUUGUGUACGACCCGCUCGCCGCAGAGCCGGAAAAAGCAGGUCACGUGAUUCCGCUAGAAUCGAUGGACGGGAAGCCGAUGGGCUCAGCCGUAGACUGGGACCUCUCGAAAUUUACGAACAUGCAAUCCACACCUUUCAUUAGAAGCGAAUCAGGCUCUUCUCUGAUGAUUUCUCGCGUACGCCCUUGUUAAGGCCUACCGAGAAGGCCACUUGUUUCGGUUGUAAGUGCAUAGUAUUGAAGCAGCGCAUUUUUAUCGAGAAGGCCCCUUUUUCUUUUCCAACUUGUAGCAAGUCUGCCUAGUGUAUUAAUCUAUGUAUUGAGAUUGACGCAGCACAACUUUUCUUCUAUCUUAUAUACCCUCAAAAAAAGUCUUGGUUUACAAUAUACCAUCGGAAUACUUCUACAUCUACUAUGGGAGGCCCAUGUUAGUUUACAGAAGCAGAACACCCCCCCCCGCUUUCUGGGCAUGCAGAAAUAGUAUAUAAAGGUUUUGCUAAGCAGUUGAUGCGGCGACUCUAGAAAUAGUAUGGGAGAUUUUCUAAGCAGUUGAUGCGGCGAGUCAACGGCUUCGCUGCUCAGCGACCUAUAGUCGCUUUGGAUGCUGACUCAGCCAGGUCGGUCCCACGCGACCACUUGUUUUUGGGAUUGAGAACAGAAGAAUUUCAACAGUUAAGGCAGAAACGGUUAAUACGCUUGAGUAUCAUGCAGAGAGAGUAAGAGUAUGCAGCAGGUAAAUAAACUAUGGAUGGAUGUCUGGCUAGAUGGAUUAAGUAAACAUCAUUCAAGUAGUUCAUAUUAUGUGGGGGAAUAACAUCAAGUAGAGUACAGCUCUAGCUCUAGCAUGAUGAUGUUAAUGUGACAUUGGAUUUUGGAGUACGCAUCGGUACGCGUUGCAAUAUGAGUACAGCUCUAGCCCUGCUUCUCUCCUUCUACAAGGUGAUACGCGAAGGCGAAGGCUAUAAACUAAAAACAACUAUUUAACUAUUUACAAAAUAACUAUAUAAUUUACAUCAAAACUAUUUACAACUCUUCUACAUGAUCUUCAACUUGAUGAUUUAUAUUUGCUUACAACUUUACUUCUUGCUCUUCUUCAUGCAACUCAUAAGCACAAAAAAAACUCUUCUACAACUUGGCUCAACUCUCUUCUACAUCAUGAGCAACUUGGUGGAUGUUAAUACAUCUCUUCUAUAGUAUACAUCUAUUCUUCUUCUCCUCUAAUACGUCUCUUCUAUACAUACUCUACAUAUAUCUUCUCUUCUUAAUACAUCUCCUCGUCUUCUUAUUAAUACAUCUCUUCUAUCUUCUGAUCUAAGAAAUUUGGCGUUCGAGCAGAGGGCACUGGUUGUGGAGGUGUGUGAUCAGCUGAGGGAAAGGAAAGUGAUUAGGCGUUGCGUAGCUCUCGACAACGUGGCUCGUGGCCCACGGUUGCCAGACGAGUCCCUGAAACUCGAGUUUUUCGUAGUUCGCAAGAGCACGGGUAAUCGUGAAGAUCCCCAUGAUAUUAUGAAGUCAAAACGAUCCUCGGAUACAUUUAGAUAUUGUUAUCACUCUUUAUUUGUGCAAAGUACCUAUUUUCUACUUGAGAAACUUGAAGUUUCUACAAGCUGAGACUUUACUUCUUGAGAGCUCGUUGGCCUGCUUCAUGAAGAGCUCUGCGACAACUGCGUGGGAGCUCAUGCGGGUAGAUUCUCACAAGCAGCCGCAGAAAGAUUCGCAAACGAAUUGCCGCGUCAAGGAUGACGAGCAAGAGACGCGGCAUUUGAUACGGGCAUGCACACUAAGGAUAAUGUCUACUUAUCUUGCAUUAUUUCUCAGACCAAGUAGAUCAUCGAGGCUCCACCCCUCUCUUUAGUAAAAAAUGUAGACGGCUGUAUGCAGUAUUAAGUACGGUUUUCUUUUUCUUACAUCUUCAAGGGAUAGCAGAAAUGAAGUUGGUAGAUAGAGGGAUAGCAGACAUCGGGUUGGCAGUGUGCUCUAACUAUCUCUUCAUAACUAUAAGGGGUAGAAGUAUACGCACCCCUUGUCAAGAAGUACUAGACACUGCUUUAGUCAUGAUUAGGCUGCUUUGCCUUCCUAUCCUGCUAAUUUUUUCUACUCCAUGUCUCUCCUUAUAUAUUCAUAAAUUUUCUGGCUCCACCACCACUAUAUUAAGGUGAAAGGAAGAAUGGCCAUCAUCACGGCUAUCAGAUAGCCGUGAUGAUCUGUCUCGUGUCUACUUCUAGAUGUUGAUGUUGCACCAUCUAGACACGAUUCAUAUUUUGCAUUUGUUGCUAGGGUACAAAACGAGGGCUCAGUAGAUCUGUGGUGGAGCAGAACCGACUACGAGCCUGGACCCCGCGCGCAUAGCUUAGAUUAAGGCUAAGAUCCCUCAUCAUUCUACCUUAGAUUAAGGCUAGAAGCCUUUUGUCUGCAUAGCAUAGAUAGAUCAAGGCCAACAUCUCUCAUAUUCCUACCUUAGAUUAAUAGGGUAGGAGCCUUUUGUCUGCAUAGCAUAGACAGAUCAGGGCCAACAUCUCUCAUCUUCCUACCUUAGAUUAAUAGGNUUGUCUGCAUAGCAUAGACAGAUCAGGGCCAACAUCUCUCAUCUUCCUACCUUAGAUUAAUAGGGUAGGAGCCUUUUGUCUGCAUAGCAUAGACACAUCAGGGCUCAGAUCCCUCAUCUCGACCUUUUGUCUACAUAGCUUAGCUUAAAGCUAGCGUCACUCAUCAAUAUGAGGCUUUUGUGUUUAAGUAUCUGAGGCACAAUUGGUAUAAAUAAGAGAUUGGGAUAAACGAUGAAUCUUGACUACAUGACUCCUUUAUUUCGUCUUACAGUGAUUCCUUUUCAUCUUCUUAUUUUGAGUAGUUUCAGUUUUUCGGUUUCUCAAAUAGAAUAGAAAAGUCUUCUUGGUCUGGUUAUGAAGUACAACUUUAUUCCCGCGCUAGUGAUCUUUGUUGUAGUAUUGUUAGUUUGCCAGUACUCGUCUUGCAAUGACAAGAGGACAACGCUACUCAGAGUCAGACACUCCUCGCACUGGGAGCAUCAGUACUGGAAACAUCAUCCCCACCACUGCUACGCCAACUGCUACGCCUCCCACUACUACCACUGGGACUCACACCUCUACUCCUAGGAAUUUUUCUAAUAGUCAUACAGAUCAGGUUAAAAACUACACCACCACUGAAAAUUCUGAAACUGAUCUGAAACUUCUGAAACUGAAGUAGUACAAUACCGCGACAACUUGAGACCACCAAGGACAUCAUGCUCUGGGUGAUGUAAUAUGGUAAGAACCUCUAACUAGGGAAACCGGCACAGAGGUGGCACGUCUUAUCCUACUGUUAAGGCUUGUGAAAAUUCUUGAGAAAAAUUCUUAGGCGGAUUGCCAAAUAGAUUUACAUCGUAGAGGCUUGCGAAAAUUAUUGUGAAUUUGUUGAGCAAUAGGGAUAAUCGCGAUCGACGAAAGUCCUCUGCGAGGUCAUCUUGGUCCUCCUGUCGGGCUCCCUGUGUGAAUAAACGAACAAGACAUCAUGAGAUGCUCACCACUACAAAGAUGCUCAGAACGCAGUCUGCGUAGCAAUUAGUGCGACUCGCCGAGGCUUAUUUAUUUUGCUUACUCAGAUCGACGACGCUUAAACCUGACGAGCUAGCGAUCCUAGCCUAACCUUCAUAUCCAAGUGAAAACCUUAAUAUCUAACAUUAGCUGUUGCCACUUCUGGCACCAUCGGCUAUGGAGGAUGAGGAAGAAAAACACCAAUGGGGUGGCAUCCAGUGGGACGUGACUUUAUGUUGUAGGGGUAUUUAAUAAUACUCGAAAACUCAAGAUAAGCGAGUUGUAGCUAAGUAAAAUAACAGAUGAGUCACCACAUGCUUACUGUUACUUGACAUAAUAUCUCCUGCUAGAUGAAGGCCUCCGACGUACGCGUAGGGAGGCAGUUUUGUUCUUCAAAUGAUGUCAUGUGAGAUGUAGUUGGCUUUCCACUCAUGAUUCUGUGAUAAUUUCAAUCCCUCCUAUACCGAGGUUCCAUUUUUUACAGCACCUAAAGCUGUAUGUUUAUGGUACUACAAUUCUCGGCUCUACUUGCUGUAGAAAUUCAUGCAUUUCUAAUGCCGAGGCUGUUGUUCUUUGACUGUUGUAAAAAUUCCAACUUAAUAUAAGAGCCAGCUCUCUAAUCUUUCUACAUAAUGUAGUUUUUCUAAUCUGAAAGCUGUUUGCAGCGCUUCAGGGUGUGGCUCUCCUACUCUUAGCUGCUGCACCUCUGUGGCAGCAGCAAGCUGGCCGUAAACUUGGUGGAGCAAGCGAUAAAAGUACAGGAGCAUCUCGUGGAAGAGCAAACGAUAGCGCAACUCCUACAAGUUGUACUGCAUCUACAAUUGAUGUCAUCUCCCAGUUCUGUCUCUUCUUGUUGUACCACAACACCUCUAUUGUAGUUAGUCUCCUUCUUGUACUACUUGAACCUGAACUUCUACAAGAACGUCUCCUAACUAUUUUUCCACUUGUUCCCGUAGCUCUUGCUGUACAACAGUCGGUCCCUAGCUCCCCAGCCCUUACUAGCACCGAUACACAUGAAGCCUCAAACUAUACGGUAUAGUAGUAGUAGCAGUACUGAUGCAUAAGCUUGGCUUUAGUGUCCAAAUACAUGAUACGUGAGUAGAAGUUCCAAAUAGUAUAGUAGAAGUUUCAAAUAGCUUCACUCUAGGCCAGCAAGGGUCUUACACGAAGCACAUGAGCAUGAGCAAAGUAGUAGUAGCAGUACUGCUAAUAUGACAGAAAAAAGACUACUCCUACUCAAAAAUCAAAACCUCGCGAGUGCUCACCCUGAGCCACCUGAGCGGACCGGCGUACCUGAUGGAGGGUCUGCAGCCUCGGACAGCGGUGGGUAAGUGCAGUGUCUUAAACUAGCUAGUUAAAAUAGGACUAGACUGACAGGCCCAAACACCCUCCUCUUCCCCGAGGCUCAUCCCCACUUGCCCCCAAGCAAGACUGAGCCCUCCUACCCGCGCGCCGCUGGCUUUCGACGCCUGAAAUCGCCGUUCCUGGAUGACGUUUUUGCAUAUUCCAAGCUCCGGCACCAACCUCGCAACGCUUUGAGCCCUGGGUGCCUUGGUCAUCUAGGUGCAGCACAUCCGGAGUCGUUAUGGCAAAGAUGUCGCUUGUUAUGGCGUAGCUGAGUACUUGGCUAAGGUCGUCGAGUGGAAAGCCCUUCAGUGUGUUGGUCUAAAACUCUACCGAGAACAAACCUCUCUUAUCCAAGGCCGUCUGAUGGGGAUGAAUGAAGUCCCUUGUGCUGGUCAACAGCGUCGCCUGAGUGAAGCUCAGCUGCUCCUGUCUGCUUUUUGCACUCCGAAAGAAAGGAGAACUGCUGCGAGAAUCUGCUCCCAUGAGUAUCGAGGUCCAAGCAACGCAACGAAUUCACUCGAAGAAUGUCGUCGCUCCAUGAUCCAAAACGAGGGCCAGACCGUGCGCAAAUGUGAGAGAACAAAGUCGGCCUAUCGAUCUUUUUGCUACAAGUUCGCUCGAGUCCAUUGAUAAUUACAAAACCUAACUACAUGCGGAAUAACUUCCCACCGCCCUUCUCUUUCUACGCCUCAUAUUAUCUUACUCAAAUGCUGCAGGGGUAACCUUUUCAAACGCUGAUCUGAGGUUUAGCAAAGGUCGGCAACGACUCGAGCAAAACAACUAGUCUACUUCUAUUUGUUCAAGAUGGCCACAACUUCCACCACGAUCAAGGACGGCCGCCGUCGCCCCGAGAAGGUUCGCGACGCACUAGAUUUGCAAAGAGAAGCUCCCAUGAAAUGGAUCGCCAGAAGUUGCCGAAAGUCUCCGAAAGUUCAUCUGGCAAGUGUUGCUCUGAUAGAUUCGGCAAAGCCAGUAGCGUGACGACGGCGGCGGCUGUCCGUCAGUCUGUUGGUCUCCCUUGGUCUUGGUUGCUUUGCUUCAAGCAGUGAGCCGGGGCCCCGUCUUUCUUGUUUAGCUUGUUCCCUCUGCACUCAGCCACCCCCUUCCUUUCAUUGGUUCUUCCUCCUUCCUUCGUUCCUGACUACACACACAAAGACACCUGGCAACCAAGCCCGCUGCCUGGCGCGCUGGCUUGGCUUCUUUCUUGCUUGCUUCCUCUCUCUCUCUCUCUCUCUCUCUCUCUCUCUCUCUCUCUCUCUGACUGCCCCCCCAGUCAGUCUGGUCUGUGUCUGUCAGUCAGUCUGCCUCCCGUUCUCUCUCACUCUGGAGCCAGCUCCCUGCAUGCCUUCCAUCCAUCCUCCGCCCGUCGCUCGCUCUCUCUGUCUCUGUUUCUUUGUGUCUCACUAUGUGUGGCCCCUGUCUGACUUUCUUUCUCUCAUUCUCCUCCCUGCUCGCUUCUAUCUUCUUCUCCUUCGUUCUCUUCCUUGCUCACCUCUGUCUCCCUCCGUUUUUGUUUCUGUCAGUCUUAGUCUGUUGCCUUGUUUCUUUGCUUCAUUCGUUCGCUUCGUUCUCCCUCUCAUGGCCGCGCGCGUCUCUGUAGUGCAUCAGUCUAAGCAAUCCACGCACCUGCGCGCCCCUCGAUCCAUGCAUCGACCCACCCACCCACCCACUGCCUGGCGCACGCGGCCCGCCGAUGGGCCCAGCCAUGGAACGACCCGCGCGCCGGUCGGUCUAGGUAGCUAGGUGCCGCGCGUAGCUAUGUACCUGAUGAAUCUGUCGGACCUAUGAAUGUAUAUACAUUCAUGGCCUAGAAUCUACCGGAUAGCUAGCCAGAUUGAUCUACGCGCGAGGGUGUCGAACUAUGUAUCUAGCAUACUAUCUAAGUAACUAAGAGCGUGCGAAAGAGUGCAAGAACGAAAGUGAGGCAAGGAGGAGGGCGGCUAGUUUCCGUUACUUCGACGUGAGUGCGCGUCUCUGUGCGGGUGUAUCUUUCUAUGUAUAAGAGAGCGCGCGUCUGUCUGCGUUGCGGUCUCCCUGCCUGGCACCCGCUCGCACUGUGUAUCCAGCGGCCUUCCUGGCAGUUAGUCAGUGGGGGCGCGCUCUUGCUCGGCCUAGGUAGCUAUUUGCGUAUCUAUGUGUCUAUGAAUGUAGGCGCGCGCCCAUCCUUCCAACAGGCAGUCUACCCACCGACCUACCAACCUCCCUGGCGGCGUGUGUAGGAGUCAGCGGCAGUCUGUGAAUGAGUGUGCCUGUGAGUGUAUCUAACUACGUGCGUGUGGGUGUGUGAAUGAAUCCACGGGCCAGCCUAUGUAUGUACGAACGAACCAACGCCCCAGACAGUAGCUAAGAGAUCACAAGCCUCCAAAUUUUCUCAAAGUCCCCGUCGAAGAAUGUUGCCCGUCAGUCUGCAGAUUGAUGCGACGGCAGAACUUUCUUCAACAAUUUGACAAAAAUGCAGCAGAUAUGUCAAUCAAAAACCGCUCCGCCGUUUUUUGCCGAAUAUCGCCGAUUAUUUCCGUUCUUGUUUCUCCCGGUUCCUUAGCUCCGUUUAUUUCCGUUUAUUUCCGUUUCCUCCGAAAGUUGCCGAAAGUUGCCGAAAGUUUCCGAAAGUUGCCGAAAGUUUCCGUCUUUUUCCGUUAAUCGCCGAGGAAUAUUUUCGGAAACUUUCGGCAACUUUCGGAAACUUUCGGAAACUUUCGGCAACUUUCGGAAGCUUUCGGCAACUUUCGGAGGAAACGGAAAUAAACGGAAAUAAACGGAGCGAAGGAACCGGGAGAAACAAGAACGGAAAUAAUCGGCGAUAUUCGGUAACUAAAGGAAAGUGGAAACACUUUCGGAAACUAACGAAGAGCCACCGGCCUUUUCUUCGAUCUCUCGACGCUGCAGCCCUACAGGUGAAUGAGUGGGCACGUCGGUCCGUACUCGCGCGGACUCUAAGAAAUCCAGACCCAUGCAUCCAUGGACAGGACGCGUCCGCCCUCUCAUUCUAUCUCUGCCGUACGCUCGUGGAUGCCUACAGUAGGCACGCGCACUGGCUCACACAUAGACACGCACCAUCUACGCACCCAGCCAAGCACUCACGCGCGCACGUAGCCACGUCCUAUAGUGUACACAAUUAGCCAGCGCCGACCCCUCUAGAUAUAGCAAGGGCGUGCUUCUGUUUAGUUCUUUAACGUUGAUAGAUAGAUACGCCCACGGAUGCUAGGUAGUAGCUAGGUACGCACCCACCACAAUGGGGCAGACAGUCUGACGCACUCCCCCACACACGUAACGGCGCCGCGGCCUUCGCCCCGCCCUCUCACUCUGGCGCUCGCACGCGUGCAGUGGGUACAUAGGUGGGCGCGUAUUCAAUAUCCUAGAUAGCGGCACGCGUCUGCCUUCGUUCUCUCUUUUCCUGUCAGUCAGUCGGUCGGUCUAUGCGUCUCAUAUGUGCGCACCUACUCACAUGGAUGCCAUAGAUACUUACGACAUGCGUACACCCAUGCGCUGUCUCUAUGUCAUAGGCUGGCACGUAAGAGAUGGACUCCUUGACUGAGUGGCGAGAGGGUGGGCGAGUGCGUGACUGACGGGCCGGGUGGGUGGGCGCGAGGGUGAGUCAGUGCAUGUAUGAACGCAGGAACCAACCAACGCGCGCGAGCGCGCGCCCAUCCGUCGGCCCACUCAAUCACCCGGCGCGCACUCUCUUCGUUCCUGUGAGUCAAUGCAUGGCCGACGUGUCUGCGUGACGAGUCACGCACUGAACGAAAGACGGCGCGCGUGCCUACCUACCUACCUACCUACCUACCUACGUAGGCACGCACCUACCUAGCUAGGUAGCUGCGUGCCUACCAACCUACUAGUACUACCUAGGUAGGUAGGCUGGUAGGCAGAUUCAUUGGCUGCCGCUGCUAGCUAGGUGCGUUACGAAAGUAAGUAGGUGCCAGCCUCGGCGCCUAUGACAUGUAUCUGCGAGCGUAUCAAUGAAUCUACCAGAGACUCAAUAGACAGCGCGUGAGGCGGCUGAGUGAGCUGCUCUGCUUGUCUCGGACUAAGUUAGUUAAAAAAGUGGCUUGGUUGCUUCUUAGUUACUUUGUAAAUAAAUAGAUAAAGGAGCACCUAUAUACUUACCUAUGCAUACUAAACCAACGAACGGAGCCUCGCUGUUAGUUAGCAGUGACUGAGCGCGUUGGUUCGUUGUGAGCGAGUCCAUGCAUGCACGCCAUGGCAUGCGUGCAUCCAUGCACGCAUCGAUCGAAGCAACUCAGCGACCCCCCGAGGGAACAACUUACAGGCGCCACUAACUACGCCAGCGGGGGGCCCGCGUAUGUAUGAAUCUGAGGACGCUUCACGGGAGGCGCUUUUAUCGAGUGAGAGAAAGUCUGCCAGUUGAACUUUCGGAAACUUUCGGGAACUUUCGGCAAGGACCCUCAUGGGCCUCCAUUUUUGCAACUAGAUAUCAUGCACAACUUGCAGCGCAACUUGCAGCACUUGGAGACGGAUGACUUGGGCGAUCUGCUCGCCAAGAUCAAUCGCGAACGCAAGCGCCGCACUGAGGUUGCCGGACCUGGUAAAAAAGCGCUCCCGUUCAACAAAGGAGACGGCGCUGCCUUCUUCUGCUUAUUCUUCUACGCGGUCUGUUGAUUUAGAACGAAGUAAAGUACGUCAAUGCAUGUAGUGCCACCUUUAGACCAUAAGAAACCAAGUUGGACCUGCUUGCUGACCCGAUAGAAUUUGAGAACCGUACUGACGUACGGCCCCAGUUGCCCUUGUUGUCUUGGUUUUUUAUCACACCUUUGACCUUAAAUGCCAACAGAUCCGUGGGGAAAGCUGCCGCCUGGCGAGUUGUGCAGCUGGAUUGCGGGCGCGGUCUACCUGCCUCAUAAGGAUGCUGCGGAGGCUUGUCGCAACACCGAGGACGCUCUGCAGAUCUUACAAGGCUGGGGACUAAACCGCGACGCUGAAAAAGUACUGAUGAUUUAUCUCCCAAUGAUCUGAGUGCUGUCGGUCUGCAUUCUUACCAGCAAAAGAAAGGGCUGAGCUGUGUGCUCUGUGUUGAAAAGAUGAAGUCUCGUCUUUGUUUCAAGCUAUUUGCUCUAUGUUCCUCGUGGCGACUUAAUCUGUAACCACGUCGCAGCUGCCUGGAGACCCCUCAACGAAGUACCAGCCGACCGCGUCCUCUAUCUAUGGCUUCAUCAAGAACCUCUGUCCGGAGGACCGUGGUGAGGCUUGCGAGCCGAUCUCUGAGAUGAAGAAACAAGUGAGGGACGCUCGCAAGAACCAAGCUGAGAAAGCUCGCAUCAUGGGCGCUCAGGUAUCGGCUAAGUGUUUGCUUACUUUCUUGCUUUGAACGUCUCAGGACCUUCAUGCUUUCACACUUGCGGCUCGUGCACUCCUUCAUCUUGUCCAAAUACCACGCACAGUCCUCUCUGAAGAAGCAGCAAACGCAUGGCGCCGCCCAUGGUGGCAACAACCAGACGCAGGGCGCUUUUGCCGGCUUUCUGCAGAAGAUGACGGACCCCACCAGCCAGCUUCAGCAGCCGCUGAUGCUCGGCAAUGCCGCUGCUGUCGCGGGUCCGGGAACCAUGGCUGCAGCUUUUGCUGCUCACACCAACGUGCCGGUGGGUGGAACCAACGCCGCCAGCUCUCUUGUGUGGUGUCCCUGCCGAACUCGCAGGACAUCGGUGGAGCUGAAGGUGGUCAUGCCGCUGGUGGCCGCUACAGGAAGGAAGCUCUCCGUCCGGUCUUCGAAUCCAAGAAAGCGCCUCGUCGUCCGUGGGAGAACUCGCCUAAGGAGUCUCCGGCGCCGAAAACGAAGGAGCGCAAGCUGAGCUCCUUCGAGGAAGAGGAUGUGGGGGAGUCGUGUGCUGCUGUCGCUACUGGAAACGCGAUCGCCAUCCCGCCUUCUCCGGAAAAGGUGGCCCAGGAGGUGAGAGAGAAGGUGGGCGCGAUCGAUCUGGAGGCAGCCGUCGACGAGAAGAAGGACGAAGUGAAGAAACAGGCCUCGCCGGCUGGCCCGAAUGCUAAGAAGAAGCCCAACGCAAAAGCCAAAGCAUCUGGAAAGAAGAAGGGAAAGCAAGACGAAGGGAAUGGUGAUCCGAAACCGGAGGAGGACAAGGAGAGCGUCGACGUGGGGCAGCCAGAUGGUGAGCAAGUCGAUGUGAACAAGACGGCCGGCCCGAAGCCGAAGAAAGCCGCUGCUGGUAAGAAGAAGAACGCCAAACCCAAGAAGGCUGCCGCAGCUGAAGACGUCACCGCUGAGGUGGAGGGAGACGCGUCUCGCCUCCUGCACGGUGGUGAAGAACAGGAGCUACCCGCUGGCCAGCCGGGCCCGUAGAUGGAGUUGCAUCAUCAGCGCCUUCUUUGGGAGAAAAGGGGCCAUCGGUCCACUCGAGGUCUGUCGUGCUUGCUGCUUUGCGGCGUGAGGAGUGCAGCUAGGCUUCCUACGAUUUUUGAUCGUUAGAGUUUGGCAACUUGCUGCUUGUGAGUGAAAGAAGACGAAAAACGAUGCAUGUGGCAAUAUUAUCGAAAUUCUUCCAGCUACCAAGAUCUCUCGUCCCUGAGUAAUUUCCUACCUUAAUGCUGUUCAAUUCCAAGGCUUUACUUUCUUCAUUAAAAAAACAGAUGGUCCCCAAGUACGAAAAACACACUACAGCGCUGCGAAUUGAGAAGAGCGCUACAGACUACCUAUGUGAUUUAUUUGGUCAGUUUUACCCCAAGACUUAUGAGCAAGAAGAUGACGCAUCUAAUUCAGAUUAUAGAACUACACGACCCCAGCAGCACUGCAAAUACUUACUAUUUUGAUCGGUCAUCGACCGGAUACCGUGAUAGCCAGGCCCUUGACUACUUCACGCUUUACGUUGAAGCUCAACAGAAACCAGUCAUAAGAUUUCACAGCUGCCAACCACUUGAAAGCAGUAGUCUCCAUGGGCUUCGACAUAUGGGGCCUUCGCUCGUUGCCGAAUGAAAGCAGACGCGUUCUGCAUCUGUGUGGCUGUUUCGUGAUUUCGUGGGACGCGUAGACGGCAGUCGCGUCGUGCAGUGUCCCCAAAGUCUUCGCAUCGCGCAUUCGUUUGAGUGGCGAGCGUCUGAGUUAGAGAGCGAAGAGAAAAGAAGGGAAGGGAGUCGAAAAGUAUAAAAGUUGCUUGCGUAGUUUGCUAUUGCGAACGCCAUGAAGAAGAUAAGAAAUGGCGACGAAUGUAGGAAAAUCAUUACGCUGAUUUAUGAUGCCCCCUCAAAAGAACAACGGCUGGAGUCCCGCACUGCCGGACACUCGUCCGCGUGCCCCCGUGCAGGCUGGAGUCCUUCGAGUGAGGAUGUUCCUUCCUCUGAGUAUCGCGGGCGAAGAACUGGAAACGGGACUACCAUGAGAAGUGGAUAGACCAACGAGACCGGGCCGCCAAUAUGUUCCCGGAGCUCGAGAACAGACGCAGCGUCAGUCUCGACGAUGCUACCGCCAGCGAUAUGCUGGGCCUCGAGGCGGUAACCCCGUAUCUUAUGGCGCUAUGUGAGUAGUAAGAUUUCCGCUGUAGUCGAGUUCUAGCGCAUUUCCUACUUGGAGUCUUUACCUUCGUUCAAGUCGCUUCUUCUUCUUCGUGUGCUUCUCCUUGCAUGUUUUUUCUUAAUAGCCCCUUUCCCCCAUGCAGAUUGCGACGCUUCGGGUUCUAGACCGAAGCCCAGCGCUCCACUGGCUACGAGAUUGGCACUUGGCAGAAGUCAAAAUGUCGGGCUUCCGGAUCCAAGGCGAUGAUGUUCAGCCUCUGGCCGAUGCGUUCGAGGUGAAGUAUUGCGGUAUGAAGGAGAAGACGAACUACUUCCAAAAGGUUCUCUGUUUAUGUAGUGUGAACAACUUGGACCACGUAGAAGAAAAGGAAACUAAAUCCACAUCUCUGGACAUUUUUGCUCGAUCCUCGUUUGCAUCUUUCCCCCCUCCUCCAUUAUCAGAAGGAGAUCAUCAAGACGCGUCAAGACAUCGCUUUUGCAUUGGAUAAAUUUCGAGGGCAGACGCGUCCUCCUUUUCGCGCUGGUGGUGUGCAAGGUCUUCGUUGGGCGAACAUCUUGAACCUGCAGUCGGGUGGCUCAGUCAAAGGCAAACAGAAGAAGGAGGCCACGCAGGUGCGUGGAGAUGUUUACUUAUAUUGUGUUUAGAUGUGAAGCUGCUGAGUCACCUAUCAUUCGCAGCACUUGAGGCACUUCCUCGCUGUUCUGCCCGAAUCUAUUUCGCCCUGCUCCGCGUCUUCGUUGAUGAUUUUCCCUUGCCACAACAGCAGGUCUAUACUCCAUGCAAGGACUCCGGUGGAGGAGUGAGGGUCUAUCCCGCGCCAGUUGCUUUGCAGAGUGCUCCAGUUGUUCCACCUGGCAAGUCAAAGCAGUACGCCGCAGCUGCGCGUCGGGUUGACUCGAUGCUUCGCUUGAUGGCGAACAUCGGUGGAGAUGGGUUCUUGGAGAGUGUCGCGGCCAAUCACAACGACCAUGGCGAACGGAUCGCCAUCGUUCUCGAUGGCGAUCAAGAAGACUGUGAGCAGCGGCGCUAUCUUGCUCUAGCGGAGUUUCUUCCAGUACUGCCUCGGUUUGGCCUACAUCAUAGGCUCUCCAAUAAUAGCAACAAGAGCCAGCUUUUUGCUGAACUUGCCACGACCUUGCGAACAGCCACUGGAGGGAGAAUAAGCAAGAAAUCACUUCGAGGAGCGCUCAGCCGAGCCCGUGCGAAUCUUCUCCAGAAAGUAAAACACCAUGGGCACAAGACUGCACACGAUGCUCGAAAUAUGCGAGAAGCCGGCCUAUCCGUUGCAGAAGCGCUCGAGCACGGUACUGCCUUUGAUAGUGCAUAGCGAUGCUUCGAAGUCAAGUUGCAGACUCAUUCUCGGCUUCCCCGACAUGGUGUCCAUCCUGCAGCCAUUGGGUCCACGUCUCUACUUCGUUUGCUGUCGUGUUUGUUUUCAGCUAGCCUCGUCCUGCCAUGAAAAUGCAUCUCCGUGUCGUAGAGCAGAUGGCUGGCGCGCCUGGCUUUGUGCUCAUGAGCUGGAAAAGAAGGUCUUCUGAGACCUUCGCAUCGGUUCGCCGGUUCUUCGAUGCAGAAGUUUGCUGCAAAGAUCAUCCGUGAGUAGUGUUUUCUGAUGAGUAGUCUGGGCUUCUCUCAGACUACUCAUAGAUCUCGCUUCGAGACCUCUCCCCCUCUAGAAAUUGAGGUCUUGCGAAAACUUUCCUUGCAUGGUGAAGCAUACUAUGGGGAUCCGCGUGAUCUAAACACGAAUCCCCAUAAGGGUACUCGACUACUCAUACUCAGAAAGCGACGACAGAACUCACGGUCGAAUCGACUGCGUUGUCUAGCGUCUCACUCAGCCGCUGGAUUGAAUUGGUCUCGUUUCUUCGCUUCCAUCGCGUCGCCUAUGGUUUGCUUCUUUCUGUUUGUACAGCUGCGCCCGAGAUGUGGACGCUUGGCAUCGUAGAACCUCCUCACUUCACAACCGGUUCUAUCCUCGUGUUGCUCCUUCCGCAAGACCCUAACAUAACCACCAUCCACAGAGACCGCUUUUGUGUCGUACGUUCGGGCGCGGUGGUUUCGAGUUGUCUACGUUGCUCAAUGGUUUGCGAAAUAUGGAGGCGUCGCAAUUGCAGUAGUAGAGGAGCUGACAUCUGAAGGCGGUCGAGGUUUGGGCGUGCGGGAAGUUCAUCCGCAAGAGGCCUCGAGCGUCCUUCUUCAGGAAGAAGGUGCUGGCAGCACAUACAGCGAGGCGCUGGCAGGUGGUGCUGAAAUGCCAGAACUAGAUGACUUCUUCCCUGAGCUUGUAGAUGCUGACGAUGGUGAUGAUGCUCUCGCACGGCUGGCCGCGCAAGCAAGUAGUCGAGAUGCGCUUGCCGUACCAAACGCCACUGACUCCAUCUCGUCGCCAAUGCGAAACGCAGGUCGAGGAGCUGCAUCGCCAGGGUGAGGCUUGUUAGAGGAUGUUCCUGGCACACCUGGCAUUUUGUUGAGUCCACCUGCUGUAGGAAGUACAUCAGCGCUGCCGAUCGCAAACCAGGUGGAGCCAGAUCUAGGAGCUGUCAGCACCCCCGUGAAGGCUGUUGUCGAAGAUGAAGAACACAGACUGAAGGGUGACAUGGAGAAGCUCCAGGCAUUGCGGAGGGCUCUACUGCGUAUCUCUGAGGCAGAGUGCUCGCACCACACGCAGCUCCAUCGCGCUCCGUAUGUUUUCCAUUGCAUACACUUGAAGCACACGUAUGGAAAGCAGUUCACCGAGGACAGCAUGGGCGUACACGAGCAGGAAUUCAAGCGGUUGUUUCCAGAGAUCCGAACAGAUGGCGGAGUUAAGCUCUUCCAGCUGCACGCUACCAAAUUCCUACCGCCGUGUCUCUUGACUUUCGUCAAGCACUCCCUGAACCUCAUGUGGAACGUGAAGCAGGCGCUCGAAAGUGGUCUAGAGCUCACGCGGCUAACGAUGAGAUACUACCUCUACGCGGAGUACGGCCCGGCGUGCAGCUUGUGGAUCAGCGUUUUUUAUCGGAAAACGGUAGCUCUGGCGACGCGCAGCAUCAACAUCAGCGACAUCACAGGCAGCAUAACAAUCAUCGGGACAGUCUUCAACACGAUGCUCCAAGGCAAUGAAGAUAGCGAGGCAUGCUCUUUCAUCCAGUUCCAAACUCUGUCGGGCGCAACUUCUGACUCUGAGCGGGGAUCUUUCUGGCGUUAUGUCACCGCUGGAGAGGCCAAAACAAGAGCAACAGAAGGGCAGUCUCGUCUUUCUUGGAGGCGAUUACUGUGGCAGAAAACAACCUUGCUUGAGCAACUUCCUAGUUCGUACCCUGUAGGAGCUCGUGCUCGCGUUUGCAGCGUCGAGAAGUUCAGGGACUAUGUGCGAACAGCAAGCGCAACCAGUGCAGGCUUAGAGGAUUUUCUAACCACGAAUGGAAUUCGUGGGCAAGAAAUGACGAACGAGGUUGCAUCUUUAGAGACGGUCGCGCAGAAGCAUCUUCUUAACCGCGCCGGGCGGGAGCUGCAUAGGAAGGCCACAGAACGAGUCAUGAAGGACAGUCCUCCAAUAGCAUCGCACGCGCAGACCUACUGGCAUCCAUCUUGGGACGUCGCCUGUUGGCUAGACGACAGUAGCGGACGAUCAACGGAGCUCCAACUUGUGGCGUCGGAUCUAGGAACGGCUGUCGACGGUGCUGCUGUCGUUCGCAGGUUCAUCGACAAGUAUGGCUUCAUCGUGCUCCGAGAUGAUGAGAAGAACAGCUACACCCUAGGACUAGAGUGCUGUCGCGGUCGCUAUAUGGGAAAAGGCAUGCGUCUGACCGACGACGCAGACAGUCUCGAAGUAGAUCCUCGAGAACACAAGCCACGCGUUGGAUACCGUUCGGAUUGCAGUGCGCUCGUGAAUUAUGAGCUUACUUCUAGCGGUGGUCUGCUGGGAGUCGCGAUCUACAACGCCACGUGGAUUAGCUUUCCGGAGUUGCUAUCGCAGCAUGUCGAAUUGCUUCCAGCGCCUAUGCUCCCGAAGGCCCUUGGCUACUAUCUGCAGACAAGAGUCCCAAACAUACCACGACAGGACGAGAUGCGCAAGUUACUGCGCGAGAUCCUCUUGCUAGAUCAUGACGAGGCGGCCAAGCGUUACCAAAGGUUCAACGCAGGAGGCGGCGUGGAGUCCUUGCCCGGCUUGAUGAGCAUCGGGGUCGAUAGUCGCCAGGGAACCAACGCAGCUGGCGCAGUGGCAGGCGCAGACCGCAACGAUCGCACUGAACUAGGACGAGUUCGCCACGAUCAUUACUGGAGCAUCUGUUGUGAGCACUGCAAGAAGACCAUCGCCAAGGUGCGGCUGCAAGCGAAGAAAGCAGAUAAAGCGUCUUGGUCGCUGUAUCUCAAGUAUGAACAACAUGAAAGCUUGAAGCACAAGGACGAUAAGCAGCCCUCGGCAGUAAUCGCAUCUGUUGGCGACGCGUCGAAGCGAAUCAAGUCUGCUCUUCUUCCUCGUGUGAAAGAAGUGCGUCAGCAAGUCUGCAUUCUGCAGAAGCUGAAAGUAGUGAAGAAGUCGGGAACAGCUGACACAUUCAACGACCGGCAGCCGCAAGCAGCUUCUAGUAGUAGCUCAAGGCCAUCUGCUGCAGUGCCCGCUGCUCCUCUGCGGAUGAAUAUCGCAGCAAGUGAUGACCUCUUGGACCCAUUUGGCGACGCAGGCGCUGAACCUCACCCCAAGCGACCGCGUGGUGAGUAGAUCAGCGCCAGCUAUGCUGUUGAUUGUGCAACAGACUGUAGAGAUUAUUACUCAUCAGCAUAAGCAUCCGCCUAUCUCAAUUCAAUUUGUUAUCAUAGUACCUCUUGGAUCUUGUAGAGAAUGGAGAUGACUCGGAAAAAAUGCCACACCUUCACAAAAUGAGCAUGACAAACAUAAAAGCGCGAUCUUUCAUAGUUCUGAACUUGUAAAGUAAAAACUUCACUUGGCCUUGAAUCAUAUCAGGACGAAGAGCAUGACCAAGAAGCGCCCAGAAACAUACUUCUGCCACAGCAUCACUUAGACACUUGAAUAAAGAAUAUGCCUGAGCUACAUAAAAUUCAGAGCGAUAAGAGUGCAUAACUGUACAGGUCAGAAAAGUAGUCCUUCGAUAGAGAUUGCAUAAGAAUGAAAGUCAAGACCGUUAUCUACUCGGUUUCGCAUGGAAGCGAUUAAGUUCCCGGUGAGGUUCUCGCAAUGGUAAGCGUUUCGCACUUCUUAGCCAUAGAUGAUCAUUGGCCCAGGCCCAAUCCUUUCCGGAUCUUCUUGAACAACCCAGGCAGCGCGUCGCCCCUUCCUCCUCUAGACCUAUCCUUGAGCCCAGGAGAAGGGCUCGCGCCUUCCGUUGUGCACCUCUUGAAACGUUCAACGGCUGGAGGCUCGAAAUCUCGCUGAGCAAGAUCAUCAGUCGAGAAGUAAAAUGAGUCGCACGAGUGGGCCUGCUGCUGUUUCCGUUCGAAGUAAGGCGUCUGCCGGUCGACGUUGAGAGUCUUCGGCCACUUGUUCGGCGCUGCGGUUGUGCUGUGAAGUAGUUUGAGGGAGUUCUCGCAAGUCUAUCAUUGAAGUAGCAGAAUCUUCGUGAAUUUAGUGUGCAACUGCAUGGAAAUAAUUGAAGACCUUUCUCAAGUGUGGCCAUGUGUAUACUAGCAGAAGGUCCUCGCUGAACGUCUGAACUCAACUGCGCAGCAGUUAUGAUAGGAAAGGGCUUAGCGAUUAGGAUGAGCAUACUGAUCAAGAAAAACGUGGAACCUGUUCUGCGUAUUAGUGUCGGCCGGGGCGAAGCCAUGUCUUUGAAGCUCUUGCACGGGUAUGAGGAAUGUUCCCAUGAGCUCUGCUGGUGGCUUCGUGCUUUUUCGUAGGUGCAGCGCGAGAUAGUCCACGGCUGUCGGCGUGAAGCCUUCCCCGUUCUUCCUGCGGUGGAGUUUCAGGCAUUGAGGACCUCCUUUGGUUUGGAUCUAAAAAGGUUCAGGUUGGACUAUUUUGGCUCUAUCACUUUUCCAGAGAUGUUUCACUGUACAAAAGUGGCGUGGGCUGUUUUGCUUCUGUAGCUAGGUCUUAGAUGGGUGGCGCUCCCUCCUCUCGUAAAUUUCUUCUAGCAGACUAGUGGGAAACUUUUAGGAGUAUACCUUUGCGUCGAUACGGUGAGGCCUGUAAUUUCGCCACCUCGCUUCUGCAGUUUCAGGGUUCUUUCUUGAAUCCGUAGCACCUCGCUUCCCCCGAAGCCCAUUAGGAACCCAUCAACGACAUCGAACUCCUCUGGACUCCUUUCAUACUUCCAGGGCCGACUUUGCGACAAAGCUCUUCGGGAAUCCUCUCGAAGUCGCGUCUCCACGAGAGUGCUGCUUCUGGUCGUCAGUGCUCCUUGCAAAGAUCCAGGAUCAUGCAGCGCAUUCUUGGGCCAGAGCUGUAAAGUCUUUUAGCUGCUCCACUGGCUGAAGUCCAGAUGCUAGGCUCAAGGAGAUCCAUCUUCUUGAAGUCUUCGCGUCGAUGUAUCAUCAUCGCCAGAGCCUCCUUGCUGUGGGUGGAGUAGGCACAAAGAGCGCACCCAUGGUAGGCGUCUUUCUUGGUGGUGAGUUGAUGUCGCAGUUGCCUAAUCCAGGCUGCGACGUUGCUGCUUUGGCUCACCUUCAGUUGAACGGGCAACCAUUUUCGAUGAUUCUCGCUUGUGUUGCCCCGUGGUGCAGUGGCGAUAUCAGCUGACAGCUCCGGCAACUUGCGCACCACGAUGGAUCGAGUCAGAUGAUUCAGCAGCUGUCGAGUUGCAUCACGCUCGAUCUCGCGGGGUGUGGAUCCCAUUCUGCGGAGAAGAGGCACUAAGCGGACAUCUCUACUCCUUGACGCUACUUCCACUUGGUUUCCCUAAGUUGUUCGGUUAGAAAUCUACUAGAAGCCUGCUGCAAGAUGUUGAUGAUGAUGCUGGUAUGAGUGAUAGUUGUUUUUCCACUGCAGCCAUCUCUUUCUUGUCCUCCAUUGUGAUCGUCGGACAUUCUUACUCCGUCAGCAUUUUCAAUUAGAGAAGUGUCCCAGGAUCUUCUUCGCCAUGGCCUCUACUUCGUUGCCAGGUAAUUCGGACCAUCGCGGAGAACUAAGGCGUUUUUGCGUGUAUUUGGAGUGGAUUUGUUAGAACGUUGCUCACGCGUUGCGAGGUGGUGCCGGAGCUUGGCAGAGGUCAAAAACGUCAUCCAGACACGAUUUUGCCGCGUCUUCUGCUGAUCGCCCCUGCACUUGCCGCCCCCGCCACCUCCCCCUAACCUCCAAACCCUAAGUCCUUCCCCCAUCCUCCUGCUUUGGGCCUGUCAGAAUAUCUAAUCUUUAACUAGCUAGUUUAAGACACUGCACUUACCUGCUGCGGUCCACAGCUAGGACCCUUCGACAGUUCGAUCCAGCGUCCAGACGGUGCCCAAAGUUGGCGUGAGCGAGGUUGCGAAUAUUGAGUAGGAGUAGUCUUUUUUCUGCCAUAGCUAAAAGAUACAUAAUGCAUAUUACAGAAAAGCUUUUAGCACGCAUGGCGCAUGGAGUGCAUGGAGCGCAGGCCUUCAAGGGACGUAAGAGGCGCGCCCUUUAGCUCAAUGCAACUCCAUGCGAUCCAUGCACUCCAUGCCGUGCGAGCUGUCAAACCCUUGGAAACUCCUCUGGUAUAGGUAUUUGCUUUAGUUGUUCACAUCCUAACCGGUUCUGCAGAGAUCAAGUCUUGUUUUAUCUGCACUUUUUUUUUGUAUAAGUAAAAGACGAGCACUGCUGUGCUGCCCCGUCAGAGUAGAGGAGCCAUCUUAUCUAUCUUAUCUUAGCUGAUCUAGAUCUUAUCUAUCUUAUCUUAUCUGAUACAAGAACAAUGAAGUCAUUGACAAAGCCGCGUAUUGCGAUUAUGAGGGCGCAUGGAGAAAGAUGCAAAGGAAAGCAUCAAAAAAGACAAUGCCCGCAAGGAAGUAACAAAGUUGUUGAAGUGAACCCCUUUGAAAAAAAACACUUCUCCCUACCCCCAAACACUUCUCCCUACCCCCUCCGUGAAAAGUGCUUUAAUUACCCCGUGAAUGGGUAAACUACUACGACUAUCUUAUCCUAUCUUUCAUCAUCAACAUCAGGCGCGAAGCAGGGACAGAGGAGAUUCAUAGCGAAGACACUAGAAGAGGCAGACGACCUAACAAGUAGUGCCAAGUCGCUUCCCGCAGGGUGCUCGGUCGUCCUUUUAGGCACUGGCAGUUUUGAUUAAGGCUUAACUUUGUCAUCUAAAAGCAUCUUUCAAGUAAGAGUACUUUGUUUGUCUUUGUCUUUCAAGUAGGAGUACUUUGUGUUUGUCGUCUAAGUAAAAGUAUCGAAGUGUCUUUGAAGUGUGACGAGCAUGAGUAAGUGAGUACCACUCUCAGUCCAGUCCCAGAAGUUGUUGUUGAAAUAGGAGUAAGUGAAAAGCACCACUCUCAGUCCAGUCCCAGAAUUUGUAGUUGAAAUAGGAGUAAGUGAAGAGCACCACUCUCAGUCCAGUCCCAGAUGAAGUUGUAGUUGAAAUAGGAGUGAGUGAGUACAAAUUUCAGUUUCAGAGGUUGUUGAUAUAGGACUUGGCCUCGUAGCAUGAACUUGGAGAGACCUAUCACUCCUCAGCAUGCAUCUCCAGCCUCAAUAUGAGUCUCACAUGCUCUAACUUAAUCUACAGCGAUUUGACGCGCUACCCCGCGUGCGGAAUGAUCCGAAGGUUGCAUGCGUGCAUGUUCCAGUAUCUCUGUUAAUUAAGCAAAUAUAAGAACAAGAAGAGGACACGAACUAUCUUAUCUUAUACCUGUUGAUUAAGCACAUAUAAGCAGACACGACCUACCUUAUCUUUUUAUACCUGUUGAUUAAGCACAUAUAAGCAGACACGAUGUCAGUUGUUUGUAACUACCUUAUAUCUACUAACUAAACUACUACGAACAUCUGUGAUAUUCCAGUUAAAUUAAUUGACCUAACCAAAUUAGUACGAACAUCUGUGACAUUUCAGUAGCUGCUAAUGCUAGUCUAGUACUAGUUCGCCGUAUUACGCGUAGAAGUCAGUACUUACCUAUACUUGAUGCGCGUUCUACUUUUGCGCUGUUCUCUCUGCUUCGUCAAAGCUUAGCCUGAGAAUUGUGCCAAAGACAGGAAGUAGUGCUAGUGAUAAAACGCAGAGUGAACGGCUGGGAGUUUGCCAAAAUAAACACUUAUUGUUGUUGUGCCUAUCAUGCGUGAUGUUGCAUGUAAUAAAUUCUACUGUGGCUUUAAGAUGAUCCACCGAUAGCAUUUGGAUCCAGCGAUAGUAUUUGUAAAGCACAAAAUUAAUUAACUGAAGAAGGCCACCAACUGAAGAUGAAAGUCAUACACUAUGUAUCCUCUAUCAGUAUCGUAUAAAUUUAAAUAUUAUAAUAAACACAUUUACAACUACAACAUACAGUCGUGCGUUAUUAUAAUUCCAAGAAUCCUCUAGACAAUUUCUGAACAUCGAUAAGGCUACCGUCGGAGCAUUUCCUUGUGCAAAGAAAUGACCCCCAAGGAGGCGCAAGCGGUGAGGACUGUGCCUCGUCAGAUAACUCCUAUCCUAUCCUUCUAAAUUGAAUAAACCAGAAGAACUACUGCAUUUUUAUAGGUACAAGAGUAUCAACAUCAUUACUCACAUUGGUUACAUCUAGCAAGAAGAUUACUCACAUUAGAAGCUAUGUCAUAGUCAUUGUUAACUCGCAUUAGUUACGUCGACAGUAGAACAGGAGUUAUAGGCAACACUAACAUCACUACAUUUACGACAACACUAUAUCGGACUGGUUACAACAACAACUCACUACAUUUACUACAUUAGAGCGAAAUGGCCACAAGAACUCCGUGACUGGUUACAAGAGCAAUAACUUCAACUUCUAUGUCUAAGCAGUGGCCGAACUCAUCAGCAAGCCGUCAAGGUCAUGAGAUGCCGGCGUCUUGUGUCGCGGUCUGCGUGCCAAAGAAAAGCAAGGGCACUCGAGUAACGUCGGUCGCAGAACUGGAUUAAGGCUCAGCGCGCCUCUCUCCUCCUUCCUUAGCAGGCUCUUUCGACUUAUCGUCCCCACAAAUUCGGGAAAAUUGUGAUUGAAGUAAUUAGCGCACGCACACCCGUACUAGACACAAAGUUUACUGGGUAUUUCAUCAUCAUCAAGUUUCUCGGAAAGAUUGUGACUCUUGAGGGAUAUGCACGUCGCAAAAAAUGGAGAAAUUCUCGAAUUAGAAGCCACACUGGACCGAAUCUACGACGGAGAUUAUCAACAACUGUACAGCUACGAGAAGGACAAGGGGCAUCAACUACUGCUGAAGUAGGCAUCAGGGAGGCACCUUAGCCAGGCACCAGGGAGCAUCAUGAUGGCAACGCUUAUACAAUAUAGCUUUAGCUUGCUCAUGGCAACCUUUUAUUAUAGCUUGCUAGCUUACGCCGCACCAGGAGGCAGCAUAGCAACCUUUACCUUUUGAAGGGAUAUCGAUGUAGCUUGCUCACCAGAGAGCAUAACAAUAACUGUUGAAGAUGAAGGGAUCAGUAUUGCUUAGGCACCAGAAAGAGCCUUGGAAGCGCCUUUGGGAAAAGUUUGUCUUUGUACUACGGGUACGGCUGACCUAAGAGGUCGCACUCAAGAGCUACUCCACCUUGACUCAAGUUCUUGAGGAGGCCGCUGGAUUAAGGCGUCGUAGCUUAGGGAGGGAUCCUCUCUUAGUUUUUUGUACUUAACAUCUUCUAGUUGUUUUUGCCCGCAUUACUGAAGUCAUUGGAAGUCCAGAAGAAGGAUCUUCUUCUAUUUCCAUAUUCUAUUGCUAUUCGCUUUUCCUUUUACUAGGGAGCCCUGGAGUCCUAGUGCAUUGCAAGUUCGAAGGACAAAGAAGUAUCCGUCUCUUCUUCCAUGAUCGAUAUAUUAUUGACUCAGAUGACUGAAUAACACCUCUUUAGUGAGACAGUUUAGUGAGAGUUUUCGAUCCGAUCUCGAAUAUGCUGGUAGUACCCAUGCUCCCAUCUAGGGACUGUGGAAAGCGCUCUUGGUCUAACAACCUUGACUGCUUUGUUGAAUCCUCGUUGUAAUAAACAGAUCGGUCCUCGUUUCGAAUAAUAACAGCAUCCUCGAAACAAGUAACAGAUAUCGUGCUUCAAAGAUGAGUGGAAAUCAUAUAUGGUGAUUAUAGUCAUGAAGAAAGUCAUCGUGUGGAAAAGAAAAAUUAUCGACGAGGGAAAAAUAUAGAUAAAGGCACGCAUUCGAUUCUUCGAGAAGAAAAGGUUUUCUGAGAGGAAGAAAUGGUUAGUGAGAUGAUUUUGUCGUGACUGAGGCUGAGUAUGCUGCAGGUGUUGAGUGGACAUGGAGGUUACCCAGUUGAAAAAAAAAAAAAAAUAAAAAGUUUAAUUCCAUCCCUUUCCCCGAAUAAAAAAAGGAGCACGCAUAUGAAUCCCACUCGAAAAACGGCGAAGGAAAGUUAUGAAAAUCUGUGUAAAAUAGCUGUUCAACAGGCUGACACCUAUAACAAAGCUUUUCACACACCUCAUAGCACGCUGGUAAUUCAAGUCUGGACAAAAUGUCGGAGGCCGCUCAUAUCUUAACUUAUCUCGGUUGUGGACAGCCUAUUUAUCUUUUUGCCACGAAUACUACUAAAAAAGUUGCUAUUUUCAAGGUCAAACUAAUAGAUGAAGUCACCUGUUCAAUUACUGUUGAACUGGAACCGUGUGCCACUGGUUUACGCAUAACAACGGUAAGGCCACAACAAGAUACGGGGGAAAAAAGUAGCAUUUUCUUUCAAAUGUUCAGGGCCUCACUGGACAAAAUCAUGAAAGAUAACAAGACUGUUGGUAAGUAUGCCCAUGAAGACAUAGAGGUGGUUAGUAUUGCUUCUACUAGUUGGAGAAUGACAAGAAGAGCGAAAAGUUUUGGUAUGCACGAAGUUGCGCUAGAAGUUGGAUUUUGGUUGAAAGAAGAUCUAGAUACGUUCGUAGAUAGAUGUCUAAAUGGUGGCUUUUAGUUAAUUCACAUACUAACUUUGGUCAUAACACUGCUUGUCACAAGUCAUAGAAUCCCACAACCUCACGAAAAAGUCUCACAGUGGUUUAAAGUAGCACGCGUGGUUUUUGGAUAGUGUAAGUGGAAUUUUUUGGGUGAUUUAAGGCUUCAAAGAAGAAAGAAAAGAGGAUGCCUAUGCCAGGGUCUCCGAGGGUAUACAUGUCGGAAGUCAUGAAAGAGGAAGGAAAGCGUUACGCUAGGCGGGAAGUGGAAGAAAGCCGGGAGAUGUUCCUCGAACCAAUCAGGAUCGCCACGACGUUCGAGCAGGCGCAUGCGCAGAAGGUGGCCCAGUUGCGUGCCAAUAUCAACUCAGCAGGGACGCAAGCGAAGACAAAGCACAGCGAAGAUUUGUCUAAAAGGAGCCAUACUUAAAACAUAAAAAGUUACAAAGUGGAAUAAGGUCCGAGUGAUGCUUUAGAGCAGAGAUGUUUAAAUGUGUCUUCUCACUCGGUUCAUGACGUGUCUGGUGUCUUCUUCUACUGCAUUAUAAUGCACGUGCUUGCUACAAUUAAAUGCGUUGUGGGUAUUAGUUGAUCUACUAUGUGUGAUGACUUUUUCUUCUUUUAUUUGGACUUUACCUCGUCGGGGUUACAUGUUGUAUGCGCCACCAUUUACGAUCACGAGGGCAUGUCACCUAUAGUAACUUGAUUCGUUAGAAAAGUUGGACCUCCCUAGGAAGUGUUUAAAUAUCUUUAAGCUAAGUUCAAAACUCUAAUUGUUCCCAAGAGAGCGGAAUAGGUGGGAGCGGACGCCAUACGCCGAAGCAUAUGCCUCCUGGAAGCAUAAAAACGGAACAAAACCACAAGAAGUGGAUACUGAAAAGGUUAAGAAACUUAGAAAGCAGGAAAAAGGAAGAAAAACGAACGACCACAAAAGGAAGGACUUCAACAGCCCUAAAUAAGUUAAUAGUACCCUGUCAGAAAAAAAAAAAAAGGGGAAAUAAAGGAAAGCUUACUGUGUCAAGAAUUUGCUGCCCCUGAUUAUGGAAAAGAAAGUCGCGGCCAACUCAAUAGUUUUCUUCAGCCUGAAAAGUUAUUAAAAUAGUUAAAGGAUAGGAAUACGAGAAUCAAAUGUCAAUCACCGGGGACGCAAGGCUCGCUGAUUUGGCAGCGAAAUGUACCGGCAAAGUAGCGGCCUUUGCGAAGCAAGUGGCGGAUAGUGACUGGGGCUUUGCGAAAGAAGAACUUUGCGCGUUCUAUACCACAGGCCAAGCUGAAAAUUUUCGUGCGAUAUUUCACUCGAGCAUCCUGAGCGUCACUGUUCAUGUGAUCCAGUACCUGUCUGGGAAACAAAGCAUCCUCUUCCAAGGAGACAAGGCGCCGAUCAUCCAAGAUGUCUUCUACUCACAAGAUGACGAUUAUCGAACUCAGAUGAUCGAAAAGUGGAGAAUCGAGCUGAAGCCGUGCUGGAAGCAGAAUAGACAGUCAAAGAACACUGAACGGGUCAAGAUUCCUAUCUCGCUCAUCUUCACACAAUCGAAAAACAGUGAGGAGACGACUUCGAAGUCAACAGCAAAACCAGGAGAAGCCCCGUCUGAACAACAGUCAAAGUCGGCAUUUGAAGAAGAACAGUUUAACACUGGAAGGGAUAGCCCUUAUCGAAGAGAUCAGUUGAUAGCGUCACCUCCCAUGUGGAUGAAGAAUGAUGAAGAAAUAGUGGCGCGAUUCUUCUGUCCUGAUGAUGAGUUUCGUUUUUGCGAUAUGGUCACGCAAGGGCAAAGAGUAUGGGAGGUAAUGGAAGAAGAGGAUAAAUUACAACACCGGUACUCCAUCAUCUUCUCAGCGGAACUUAGUCGGAGGAUCAAGAUCACGCGAUGGGAGGUAGUUGGAGCAGUAGAAAUCAGGACGCCUCCUGAUUUCAGCACUUGGAUGACGGUUCAGGAGCACUUCGUGUCGAAUGUUGUCUCCAAUAAUUUUGGAAUACUCGCCACGGUUCCAAAGGAUGAGACAUGUUACAUUCAGAAGCUGUUCGAACAUCUAGGAGGUGGCGCCUCUCUUUCGAUUACUUCGUGGCGGGAUCACUGCAUCAUGUUGACCUUCGCACAUCCUUUUGCUCGUUUGGAGGUAGCCGCACAACGGGAGGUAGAGCGGAUACAAAAGCAGAGAGGCUCAAUGAGCUCAAAGCAGCAGCCCGCCGAGAUUCCGGCGCAUAUCGCAAAUGCGCACAUGGUAACUUGGAGCUUCGUUCCCCCCAGAAUGCAAUGGUCACAUGAGAUUGAACAUGCUUUCGGAGAUCACAACUUUGAUCAUAGUGGGCGGUGGGAUUUCAUGCCGCAGCACAGCAGUAGACAAGGUUUCGAAAAUGAACAAGCACAAGAACUAAAAGCAUUUUUGCGUCUCGUCCAUGGAGGUGAAGAAGAUAGGAAAAUUGAUGCGGAUAGAAAAGACGAAUGUGGUCUGUCUGCGGUGAAGCCUGUGGAAUCCAGCCAAGUGCUGGCCGAUUUGCUUAAGAACAACUACAACAUUCUCAACAACAAAUCGACAUCUUCUACAUCAUCGAAGAAGCGCAGAUCGGACACUUGUUGGCUGGAAUUCAAGGAGGGAGAUGAUGACGCUUUCGGAUCGGAAUCACUGGAACAAGGUGCAGCGUAUCCUAUCUACAAGCACCACCGCACUCGACAAAGCGUACGAAAACUGAGAUCGAAUUCACUGGCGUGAAAGGAGUGGAGUUCGAUGAUAUCUAAAUAUGAGGUGAUCACACAGGUCGAGAGAAAGAAGUCUGAGCAGUCGGAUGGAGUUAAGUUUAGUAAAAAGAGAAUUGACUCUUUAAGAUGAGUGAAAGAAGGAACAAGUUUGGGAGUUUUCAGGUACAUCAGAAGUAUACACCAGUUUGAAAGGAUGGCACUUGAAUAAAAGAAUUGUUAAUUGAUGUUUAGAGAUCUGGUUCUUUGGAAUAAGAAGGGUGAAGCAUUCUGAAAGAGUUGUAAAUAAUGUUGAGUCUUAUGAGAUAGGUAUCAUUGGAUCUACUACUUAAGCCGGCAAAUGACACAGCACGAAAAGCAGAAAAGAUGGAGGAGAAAGAAAAGGCAGGCGCCAAGACAAAAUAGGGGAAAGUAAUGAUAUCGGGGAGAAAAAUGAUAAUGAUUGUUCAAAGUAUGAAAGUAACACUGGCAUCAGGGACUUUGAGUCUCGUUAUGCUUCUUCACUCUGAGCUAAUGGAUGACUCCUAAAUUGAAUUCUCCUGAAACUCCUAAACAAGAUAGACAUUUGUUUUUUCUUCUUCUCCGGUGAUCUGUUACUGAUUUUUUGUUCUUUCUCUCUACAAAUAAAAUGCUGGGAAUAGGUCGGAUGAAAAUCCUGCAACGAGUUGCGGAGCACGGCAGGACUUCAGUGCAUCUGAAAGGAGGAAUUUGCACGGUCAUGUGCGAGGAUACGGAUUUGGAAGCGGAUUUCCUAAAACGGUUUGGCAUCGGAAAGAAUACCGCAAUACGUGUGCACGACAAGCUGCAGGUGAUCAACGCGUUUGACACUAGAACCGGUGAAGAUAAGUCGACAAAGCGACUCCAGUCGGCAGAUGGUACCAAGCUGGUUUUUGCGGAAAACUGGCGGUGUGCGAUGGAGAUCGAAACUGCUGUGCUGCAUGGAGAUCAGUCUCGCACAUUCGGGAAUAUCAUCUACACCGACGAAUCCGGCUUUUCGGCGCUAAAACGGCUUUACCUGCAGCAAGAGACGCUAACAAGAAAUGGCUCGCAUACUAUGCAGUGGAGCGAGUGGAUGAUAGAACUGGCAUGGAGCUAUCGCGGGAGGUCACUGGAACAGGUUGCAAGUGAGCAUCUAGAAUGAUAUACUGUGCGCAAUAGUGACUAACAAGAUGCUACAUUGAUGUCGAAAUAAACGCUCUCGAGAAAACUGCUAGUACUAUCAAGUGACUGAAAUGAACCCAAAAGAACUCCUUCCCUUUAUUUAAAAAAAACACACUCAAAAGAGAUGCCAUCUAGCUCUGAUGCCGACCGAUCACCCGCACCUUGAGGAGGAUGAGUUAAGUGAAACGAAGUGGGAAUAACAAGAUGUCGACAAAUAAAUACUGCAAUAGAAGAUCUUGACUUUGGUGUAGUUCUUUUUUUGACGGAGUAGAAAUUACAACUCUUGAGCAAUGUCUUCCUCUGUGGCAAACGAAGGACACGGUGGAAAAUUUUUUGCAAAGAAGGGGCGUGGAUAUCCCAUGACCGGCGCACUAUCGCAAAAUAGAGGAUAUGCGAAUUUGGGCAAAGGAGAAAAUCUGAACGGCAGCCGGUUCGCAGUGCAACCUGCAGGGGAAAGAAAAGGAUCGAUAUUACCGUCCGAAGUCUCGCUAUAUUCAUCCACGAAGUCGCAGAGAAUACUGAAUCACGCAGCAAAGCAAAUAAAUGGCGAACAAAGACAAGAGGAGCACAAUAACGAGAGGAAGAAAGAGGAGCUUCGGGAUAAAGAAUGGAGGACUAAGAAGACGUCUCCUCGAAUAGUAGUGAUGAGGUCUACAACGUGCGUCAUCGUCAAACUUGCAACGCCUCAAGUGGAAGAAAGGUUUUGGCAUGCGUUGCUGGGACAAGCUCUCCUCUUCAGAACUACAUCUUCAAAGUGGGCGUCUAGUACUUUUUUCGCUGCUGAAGAAAGCAUCAACAUCACUGUCCUGAGAACCGCGCUUCAUUUCCUUGAUGAGUAUCACGCAGCCAUCUACAUGACGUUCACCGAGCCGUUACUAGCUGCAGUAGUUUGUUUUGCCCAGCAUGCUACUCCUCCCAUCCCAAUGCCAUGCUUUAUAUGGAGAGACUCAUCUAAAAUCACUGAUGAAUGGCGCAGACUAGAAAAAUGCAGCAAAUACGAGUGGGAUGCAUUUUGGGUUGAUUUCUUGUCAAAAAAUGACGGCGUGCGUAUCGAUGCGCUGUCAGCUCCAAGUCGACGCCGUACCAAUGACAAAGGGACUCUUUACGUGGGUAGUAGUGAAAAAAAUGGUGAAAAGGCGGCGAUUAAUAACGAAUGCUUCAAAAAGGCUGAGCACACGUCUACUGAACUAAUGCCACGCGAUGACUCCCAAGGUUUUAGUCUGAGCUCGACGGAUAGUUCUUGGAUAACUCAUUCGCAAGUGGAUAGUAAAGAGCUUCUGAAACAAGUGAUAAAACCGACAGGAUGGGCGUUACAACACAAGACUAGCCCACCACCGAAGCGCCACAAAAGAAAUGCAGCACGUCCUACAACGACAAUUGCGACAUCGACUACCCCACAGCACACCUUGGAUCUAGAUCAGUUGGGUGCGGCGAAUUUAGCAUUUGACUCCAUACAAGAAGAAGGCGAUGUAGAUAAACUUCAAGACGCGGAAGAAGAGGACGGUGAGUCGGCGGAUUUAGUUGGUGCGGUAGACAACUUGGCUACCUUGGCUUCAGAAGUAGCUGCAUCAUCUGAAGUGUGGAAGGAUAGUGCUAGCCUUGCGAAGAAGUUAGGAAUUAAUUGGGAAAUAGAACAAAAUGAGGCGCUUUAGAGGAUCGAACGGAAGAGGCAGACGGCCUCCCUCUUCACCUUCAACAUCGCAGAACUCGAAGUCUUCGCCGAACUCCAUUCCAGAACCAGGAACUACAAGAUCCAGAUCACAACGACGCGGCUUCUUCUUGUGUAAGUGGAAGAAAAAUCAGAACAACACAUCAAAGCUAUCGGAUACACCUUGGCAGACAUCUCCCAGCCGUGGAAAAAAUCAAGAUAGUGCGCACUUUGUCCCUGUGGUGAAGCAUAACACUCAUGCCGCAACAUCAGCACAGGCAUCGGAUCCAGUUGUUGGGUCUACUAGCAACGACUCAAAGACUAAUCCUGCUAGGAGGUGGAUUUCUUCUAGCUCCGCUGCGGAUUUUAGAGAAAAGCAAGAAUCUUUUAGCAGACCACUCAGUGUAAUCCAGAUAGCUACCCCAAAGCCGAGAACUUCAGAUGAGUAUCUACGUCAAGUACAUGGCGCCACAGAUCUACAGAGCAUUCCAGACGCACAAUUUUACUCCAAGCCGCUCCCUCCGUUUCUGCGUAAAGCCAGCGUCAGCAAAAAAUUGGGGGUCGUCAUGCCUUCAAAUGAGAAGGGAACAACAAUCAACUACACGGAUCUGAUGAAGAAGGAAAAAGAAGAAUUGCUACUGAUGAGGAUACAACGGCAAAACAACAAAGCUAGUGGCACAAGGCAGUUCAGCAGUCACACGUUGACCCAGUCAGAUGAGUCAACGAAAAGCAUACGACAGAUAAAAGAAGGAGACGCGAUGGAGGAUUCGAGUUCCCUUUCUGACACAUCGUCAUCAACUUCUUCCUGUACAUCAUCGGGAUCUGGAUUACUUUUUGACGGUAAGUUGGAUGUUCCAAAAACCAUACCGAAUAGCAGGGUCACUCUCACGCAAAUAGCAGAACUACAUUCGAGCUUCCUUAAACAGGAAAUCACCAGGAAGGACAUCGAUCGACAGAAAAAGGAACUUCAGGGGAAGAACGCGAUCACCAGACCAAAUGACGAACUGCCAAGGGUCUACGAUGUCGCUGAUGACUCAGGAAAACGAAUCUGGUUGAAGGAGCUAACCACUUUCAUCCAGAAAAAGCCUAUCAGAGGUUCGCUGAACAAAACCCGAAAAGUGUACUUCAUAGUCUUCAUUGACCGUGCGGGCAGACGCUUUGUGAAGUGCCGUGGCUUCCUGAUCAACUUCAAAGACUUCCUUAUCGCCUCAAACAACGCGUCACUUAUCAUCAAUCAAGCAAAAAGGAAGAUGAUGAAAGCUAAGAGCACGAUGAACAGCAACAAGAUGAGUGGCACCCGAAUCACAACCCACGCUGAAGGCCAGAGACGUAGACUCAAAGCUGCCGAAAAAAUGCUUCCAGUCAAAGAGAAGGCACCGGAGGAGGAGAGGGAGAAGUGGCAUAUCUCGAAUGCGUUUGUUUCAGCUCUCCCAGCUUUCAAGAAGGAGAUGAGGAGCGACGACAGAUCAGAGGCGGCCAUCAGACGUUUAGCGAGAAACGAAGCAGAAGCGAAGCAGAGAGCAGAAUCUACCGGAGAAGAAGUGGCGAAGUCAGUGCUCAGUCACUGGACAACUAGAGAAAAGCAUAAUCAGACGACUCAAGCUGUCAGGAUAUCAAAACUAUUGAAUAGCGAUAAGAUUUAAAGAAUCUUAAAGCGUUUUUGAACUAAGAGGAAAAUAAUUAAGAUGAAACUAGCUCCAAGGUUGAUAGGAAGAAAAAAAAAAAAAAGGCCCACUAGCGGAUGAGAAAAAAGUUAGCAAAAUUAAGUGAAAGCUUUAAAGUAAGGGGCUCCUGUAUGACAUGAUAAUCAAGCAAAUGAAAGGACGGGGUGAGUAAUAGUUUAGGCAAUUUUGUUUAGGAAGUAAGACAGCAAAAAGUUUAGUGAACUGAAAAGCGAAGAGACAGAAUAUAAUGAUCGCGAGCCGUGUCUUGCUCCUGGUCGACACAAAGAAGUGAAAAAAAAAAAAAAAAGGAAGAAAGAGGUAAGUAACAAAGGAAAGCAGAAGGCACGAGUAAAAGCUAUGAAGGUGAAGGAAGACAAAUAAAAGAAAAGACUUAAGCUAAAAGAUGCUGCGUCUUGGUUUCCCAGUUUAAAAAAAAAGCAAAUCUCACCAACAGACAUGAUAUAAAAACAAUUCAUCUGGUAGCUUUUUUUGAAAAGCCAAAGAUCAUCCUAUGGUCUAUGAAUCAAGUACCUGACCCCCAUAAAAUAAAAAAAAACUCAUCCAGUUCAAUCUAAAGCGCACAGGCAAUGCAAGUUAUUAACGAGGAAGAAAGCGAGCCAACGGCUGCGGAGGAAAGCCGCUGGUACGGGCGUGCGCUGGGUUUGGUUCCGAAGGAGAUAAAAUUGCCUGCGAUGAGUCUCAAAGUGGAAAUGGAGAAGCUGGCGAUAGCUGCAGAUGUGGAUCCUUCGGUGCCAGCUUUUUCAACGGAAGCGGAAAAGCACGCUCUUCUUCGAACUCUACGGGCUCUAGCUGCGACCAAGCAUACGGUUAAAAAGAUCGAUAGAGCAGACUGGGCCCCGGUUUCUGUGGAGAGGAUAGUAGAAACGGUAUCAAGGUGCAUGAACAUCCGGAAUUUGUCGAGUACGGCGGUUAAAGUAGGACAGCUUCUUGAACAACAAGCACACUCUAGAAAAGCAGUGCGCAUAAUCAAUCGCACUGAUAAGUUCAUACGAGACAAUGAUCUUGACUCUGCGAAACUGGUAGAGAAGCUGGUGACGAACUGGCCGAGGUGGUUAGAUGAAGAAGUUGCCCCUGGCGUUGUUUUGGAUCCAUCUAGUGCAACAUCGAAUCAAAUAUUGAACAACGAAAACAUCGGUGACUCUUCGGAAAAGCGAAAGCUUUAUGCCUCGGCAGCUGACGCAAUAGCAGACUUAAAUGUUGCGAGUACGAACAGCAUCAAUCUGAGCGGAAAGGUCAUAGGAAACCUACUGAAGGGAGCAUCUGCUACAGUGGAUUCAAUAGUGGUAAAAGGAGCGUGGCCUAGUGGGGAAGAAGAAGAUUCUAAGCGAAUCACGAGGGCCAUCGAAGUAAAGAAGGUGGACGCAUUUUCGGCUAUAGCAGCUGCAAGCCUCUUAGUACAUGGAUUCUGGGCUAUCAAGUCGAAGAAGCGCUUUAGUUUCGUUCUACGAUACCUUAAAAACGAAACGGCAUUCAUCGUUGGCCUUGAUGUCGAUGAAGAGGAGGAAAAAACUAGAUGCAAGAAAUUUAAUUCAUCUUCAUCGAGCCAGUCUUCGUCUACAUCGUCUACUUCUACGUCCUUCAUCGCGGGUAGUCAAGAUAAUGAUCCAAAAGAAGUAAGAAAAAUUACGGGCAAGAUUACCGAAAUUCCGAAUGCGAUGGAUGCUGCUGAACUCCAAGAGUCCUCCUCUAGCAACUGGCCAAUUUCUUGGACCUGUAAGCGCACAAAGAAUGAUUUUGCUUCGUCGGUGGGAAUCAUCGCAGAACUAGUUCUGGUAAGGACGUUCUUGCAACUUCGACAAUUGAAAGAGCAGCGGCAGGCGAUGCAGACGGCACAAGCGAAAGAGGAUCCAUUGGCAGGAAGCACAUAUCUCUCGUUCUCUACAGCUCUGCGUCAUAGGAGCAAGCCGUUUGUUGCCGAGGUGCCAGAGGGAAGGACAUUUCUAGUGGCGGAUGGUGACUGCGUGAUAUUGCUGGCGGGGAAUGUACUACUACGCACUACCCCAACCUCCGAAAUGGUAAACUGCAUUCUCACGUCGCGCGUGCAUCAGAAGCAAAAGACAUUUAGUAGUAUUGUCCAAAACUUGAAAAACGUGCAGGCCUUAUCAACCACUCCAUGCAUCAUCCAAAAAAGUGCCAUGCUUCUAGUCGCGGAUAUUAGACCACACUUCCAAGUACAUCAGAAGGGCACGGUGGUAGCGGAUGAUGAGUUGGACGAACUGGACAUGUUGGAUGCGAUGGGAACGGAUGAUGGCGAUGAUGUUUGUCUACUACCAGUGGCGAUGACACACAACAUCCAGCUGAGGAAGAAUUUGCAACAUGUUUUUGAAGAUCUGAGCAACAACAUCUCUAUAAGAUUUCUUUUUGUUCAAGAAUCGGCGCCGCUCUAUGUUGCGGAAGAAAAAGGUGUGGUGUCUUCCCAGGAGUAUCCAAACAUCAAGCUAGUCUGGUUGGCGCACACUUCGGUGGUAGUUUUCUCAGGAUGCGGCGGUGCUGGUAUUUUAGUGGUCCUCCGGGAGGGAGAAGAUUUGCCGGAUGUCGAAUUGCGGAAAUCGUUUUCAGCCAUAGUCUCAGCCCAGCAAUGCUUCCGGGAGGUGCACAACGAGAAGGAGGCGCAAAAAUUCUACGCAGACAACGGAGAUACGGAGUUUAGACCCCUUCCAGCUGCAGAGAAAGAAGCUGGAUUGAUGUGGAUAAACAUUGUCAGGUGCGGCAAUUUUUACCUCAAGAAUGUCUACAUGAAGGACCCAGACAAGAAGCGCUCGACACGAGAUACAAGAUGGAUUGAGGAGCAAAUGGCGAUGGUUAAGGCGAAAAUCUUGGAGCUUGCUGCGGAGGCGCAAGUGAAGAUAGCGGCGGGUGAUGAAAACUUUGACUCUAGGUUCGGUGCAGAACAUCCCAACAACGCGAGACGAUGGAAGAAAGCAGCAAAAGAGACAGUACUUGGACCGAUUAGAGAAAUGGGCAAUAUCAUUGGCGUCAAGGAUGUAGUAUCGGGAGUAACACACUGGUCAUCUUCUACCACUGGGCAAGAAACUUCAAAGUUAGAUGUAUUCAAAACUAACAUCACGCCCGCCCUGGUGAUGAAGAUCAUGAUGCCUGCGAUGAAAAUGAUAAGGGAAAACAUAGAGGAGGCGAAAUACAUCAAAGGGGAAUACACGGAGGAGAUGGAGGAAGAUAGCAUCGAAUUCAGCGAUCGCCUGGCGCUAGUUCUCGUGCUGGAUGCUACGGAUGGCCACGUAGAUGAACUUGGCAACUUGUUUUCUCCUGAGCUGAAAGUCACAGGAGCAGUGCCACAUAAAGCGUCGUCUUCCAUGCAUCGGAGCAACUCCGCUACUUUUCUUCGCCCCGACCAAUUCAAAGGCAAAGGUGCCGCGAUCUUGGGCUGUUUCAAUCAGUGCAGAUAUCCUGUUUCUUCGACGGACAGGGAGGAUGCAAAGAGGGCAGGGCAUGCGGUCAAGUUAAUGAGAAGAGUGAACAUCCCCGAACUUCAGAAGUGUCUUGCGCCGUUGACCAUCAUGAAGCGUAAUAAUUUUCCUCCACCGGGCAGAAUUGCUGAAAUUCUUGAGGAUCGACAAGCGGAGUUUUUUGAUCAAGAGGGGAGACCACUUCUUCCUCGACACGUCACGAAGAAGUGCGUGUCGAUACUUACGCGUAGCCAAGUGAUAAAAAAGCACCAUGUGAACGUUGUGAGGGCAGACGGCAAUGAUGUCACAGCGGCGGACUCGAUCAAGAACUCGAGACGACAUAACUUGGCGGCUCAUCUUCAAACACUGAACAGAAGCAGCAAGACUAAAAUCCAUUCAGCUGCUCAAGCUCUUGGAUCGGCGUCCUUAAUUGCUUCGGGUGCGGGUAGAGGAAAGCCGGUUACCUCUCUUCCAGAGGUGCAGGUGGAUGGCGUAGUGGUAAAGGAGGCGGAACAAGUACUACAGGCGGUGGUGGGCUAUCAGGUGGACAAGUCGGAAUGGAUUCUGAGAACGGCGGGCAUUUGUGAAGAAGUGAGGUGGUCAAAGAACAAGAUUAGCGAGGUGUAUGACGAGGUACGAAAAAUAGCAAUGGAGGUGUCUAGUUUUAGAAUUACCGAAGAACAAGUCAGAAGGGCAAGAGUCAAGGUAAAUGAUAAUCUUGCUGGUCUCAAUGGAAUGCGAGCAAAGAUAAUAAAAGAUGGCCCUUCUUGGAUCGAUUCGCAGCUGGCGGCGGCUUUUAACCGUUUUUUGGACGAGCUCAAAGUGGUGUCCUAUGCUGAUGCGAUUCAGAAAGUUGCCACGUGGAUCGAUAGAACGAUGAUGGGACAGCUGCUGUUCAAAAAGGCGGCGGCCAAGCUAGCAAAUGACUUGCGUUUCAUAGUGCGCAUGUGCCCAGUUGGGCGCAUUCUUCUAGCGGUGUUGGAUGAUUUGUGGUUGGAAAUGUUGGAAGCGAAUUCUAAUGCAGGCUCCACUACCAUAAAUGGACGGCAAUGCGUCUCCCUUUUGAUGGGUUGCUUUGACGCACGACAACUAAUACGCGAGCGUAGUAGUGAAGUUGGGUGCGUCAUCCUCUCUCACGAUGUGAGGCAGAUGCUCAAUCUGUUGCAGCUUAGCAUAUUAGUGGUGAUGCUCAGAAAAUUCAAACUUCCUGGGCAUAGUAGAUGCCUCCAAGGUCAGGUCGACAGCAUGCUGGUAGGCAUUGUGGUUUUUCUUCCGUGGCUUGAUGUUAUUGCGGACCUUCUCUCUGUAGUGCAGUUGUCUAGUGGUGGCAUCACAUCCAGUAGAUUGGAGGAAAAGUUGCAGGCUGCUAUUGAUGAAGCGACUCGCAGAGCCGAAACGGUGCACAAAUGGGCCGGUCAGUACUCGGCAGAAGAUAUCGACGAACUUUUUAGAGCGAGCUCUUUUGUGGAUUUGAUAAAAAAACGCUUGGCCAAAAUAGGCCAUGGACGAACUUCCGCAAAUUCGAGAGUCAAAGUGUGUGUCGAUGAUACGCUCAUGCUGAUCUCCUUUCUCGCGGUAGAUUUCACCUCCGGUCGACUUGCCAAACUUCUGCGGACGGUCUCGAAGAUAGUGGAAAUUAUGUUCACGGCAGCGGGGAUCUUUGCGGCCACGGAGAAAGCGGAGAUGGUAGCGCUUCUUCCUCAGGAUGAAUCUCUGAAACUAACACAGGAAGAAAUAGAAACGCUUUUGCAAGCUGCGUCAGUCUUCGGUGUGAACCCCAUGCACAAGAAGAAGUUAGUUCUAUUCGGGUUCCCGUUUAGAAAUGAUAUUCAGAACUGUCUGCUGUGCGAGAUGAAAGCAAAAAUAUUUAAUCUGGAAAGGAUUUUUACGCUCUUCACGAAACAACAUCCGGAGGGAGUAACGUUUGCCCAUCUUCUUCUAGUAGCUAGGUGGAUCUCCAGUUGCAAACUUCUUCAUCUGUUACCGGCGGCUGUCCACGAAUUAAUGGAUUUGGAAAUUACUGCGGUGGAGCGUGGUUUGGCUGUUGCGGUCUUUCACGGUCUUGGUGUUGAUGAUGUUCUUCUCGCUGAGAUUAAACGAAUCACCGACAUCGACCCACAUACUCUUCUUUUUUCUUCGGUGUUUGGUUGGACAGCGCUAAUUCCCAUGGGGGCAAGGAUGUUGCGCUCGAUGGCAAUCCGUUACGCAGCAGCUGCAAAAUCAACUCGGGAAAUCACACAAGUUCUCAGUCGCAAGUUAAAGGACAAGGAAAAAGAGCUAAUGGAAGUAGAGGCUGUUACUUUGUACAACAGCAGAGCGCUUGUGGUGGAGUCAGGUGAAGUAGACAAGUGGAUCGCUGAUGACUCCUUACCGUCUCGAUUCUUGAAAGAUCACGGGAAAGUGGUCAAGGUGAGUCAGCAUAGUGCGAAGCAGUAUGCGGAAAGCAUGUGGGCGUCGAGGAUGGUGUGGUUUGAUUCGAGUGUGGAGGCAGUUUGGGAUGCUAAAGUUUCCGAUGAUGGUCGCUGGCAAGUCGAGGGCAUGUCAAAGUUAAGCAUUUCUAAUUCAGCCUCAAGGAUUGUUGAUGCGUGGGACCAAACCACGCGUGUACAGGUUUUGCUACGACAAGCAGCAAUCGAUCUGGUCGAGUCUUUUUCUCCUGGGGUGCGCAAGAUAGAUGCGGAGCGGGUUCUAGUUUGGGGCUUUUAUGACUCUAUCGGUGAUCGUGCUGAAAUUUCUAGACGUUUUAACGCAGCAGCGCUUAGUUGUGUGAUUCGAGUUACGCCUGCGUCGCCUCCUUCAGUGUUUCGAAAGUUACAAGUUGCGGCAUUGGCGAGAAAGAAGGCAAUCACCCCAAGAGGUGACAUUUGGCUGUGGGAGCGUGAAGGUAAACUCAGAGUAAGAAGACUUCAGCAUCCGUUUGCCAUCAAAUUACGCGAGUUUAUAUGUAAAAAUGCGUUGGCUAAAAUCACAAGGAGUCUCUUUAGGAAAGAAGUCCAGAUAAUUCUUGACCAAGUUAAAGCGGAAACGUAAGUAAAGACGAGGCGAAGGAGGACGAAGCAAUCCUGGUAGUUGACAUUCAAAGAAUAAGCACAAACUUGCCUAGAAGGAACAGCUAGAUUAGUAAGGUCUUAGACGUCUCAAGUUUUUUGGUUGUACAGCUAACAAUAUGCAUUGAAAGCACUGGAAGAAAGAGCUCAUCCCUUGAAAAAAAAAAAAAGAAAAAAUAAAAACGAUUGAAAAUGGUUGCAAAAAAGGUGGCGUCGGGGAAGGGGGGAGGCACUGAAAAAAGAAAGAAAGAAAAGACAAGUAGUAGCGCAAGGGUGUCGGGAAUGUUAGUAGUGAAGUCUGAGCUGUCCUGCCAGUUUAGGUAAAUGAAAAAAUAAAAGAAAUAAAGAAAAGAAGUAGAGGGGGGGUGCGGAAGAAGUUGAGCAUACGCAAAUCGGUUGGACAAAAAGGUGGUAGAAAAAGUCGGGAGGUUGAAUAUCGGUGGGUCCGAUUGGUUUCAGGGUGGAAGUAAGGAAAAGAAAUUAAACAAGAGCACAAAUGAGGAAGGUGUAGUUUAUGCAUCGGUGGGAAAGCUAGUAGUAAGAGGGAAGGUGGUGCUACUACGAAAUACCAAACUACAACGAGCAAAAAAGAGGGUAAAUAGUAGUAGAAGAAUAGUACUGGGGUCAAGGAGAGUAGUAAAUUCGGUGUGCGCCUGUAUAUCUGAAAAAGAGGAAUGUACGGGAAGAGGCUGGGCCGUCAGAAGAAAAACAAAGUGAGAACUGUAAGAAGGAUUGGAGAGUGUCGGUGCUGGUGCGAUCCUUACGAAAGGAGAGUUGUUGUAAUAAAGUACUGGUGGUUCCAAGAUCCGCGAAACUGGGCCUGUCCCUCGAAAGAAAAGGCGAAAAGAAGUUUGGCGAUGUGCAAGGUGGUGAUGAUUUCGUGUGGUCCUGUGCGACUUGUUCCAAUGGAAAACACAAAUUGAAACUGAAAGGCGAACAUCUGAAUCAAUGAUAUGUACUGCUCAGACCAAACUGCCCACUUCUUGCACAUAUGUUGUUUCAGCAUGCUGCUUUGAAGUGGUUAUGCCGUGAUGAGUUCACGAUGAUCAUAGUGUUUAGUACGGAUUUGGAGUCCAGCUCCAAUUCUUUUGGACUGCUCGGCUAUUGUCGGGCCUCCGCUGAUAAUAAGCACCGACUUCCCUUUCGGAAAUUGACCUGCUUAUUUUCGUUCCUAUGUUUUUCAGCGUUGCGCUUCGUGACUUCAUAUUAUUUGAGGCUGCAGAGUGUCAUCGUAUAGUCUAGGUGUUGGUAUAUUAGCCAAUGAUAGACUUCAUGGAAUGGAAAGCAUCCGUAGUUUGGGAAAUAUAUGAGGAACCCUCAGAAUUGGCGCGGAAGAACACUUGAUGAGGGCAAGUCCGGACUUUGAGAAGCCGUGGGGUCGUCACGUCGUCGUCGUGGGGGCUUGGCUCAUGUUGACACACACGGGUGUGCUCGUCAAGUAGAGUGUAUUCUUGGCUCACCUAGUGCACCAACUUGAACUUGCGUAAUCUUAAAAUAAUUAAGGUCAAUGAAUAGCGCACGCUUUUCACACAGGGGGACCACGAAUGGAGGUAGGGAAGCUGCUGUAGUGAAGACAGAGGGUGCUUCUGCUCUCGCUCAUCACUCGGCCAGUAAUAGGACACCAACACUGCAAAGCAGCACUCAACCAGAGAUGAGCACAUGAGUCAAUCAAUGCAAAUGACGUACGAGUGACGUUUUUUGGCCAUUUAACAGGAUGCCAUCCACGCCGCCCCUCUUGUUCCCCUUCAAGCUGUCUAGCUUAGGAAGACGCAUUGAUCUUGGUGGCCCGCAUAGAAGAGGGGCAAGCUUUCACUCAAAUAGCGCGCUGCUUCGAGUCGCAGUUGCUGAGGCUGG